AUGGUCUUCGAAAGCGUGGUGGUAGAUGUCCUAAACAGGUUUCUGGGGGACUACGUUGUGAACCUUGACAGCUCACAACUCAAGCUCGGGAUUUGGGGAGGUAACUAACAUUACUUUGACGAUUCAGUGUUAUGGUUAGCAAGACAAGGGACACACUAUUUUCACGGCACUUCAAUACGGAGUGAUUUUCGAUAUCCCUGGCCCUUUUCUUAACCUUAACCUCAGUUUCCUAACCUGCUGUGUAAGUUCUCCUAACCUGCUACGAAAAAGUCACUGGUACUAGUAUCGAAGUGCCGUGAAGAGUGUUUCCGAGCAAGACAAGGCUGGUUUGCUGAGGGCAAGUAUUCCUACUAUGCAUGCUUGUUUGUGAACCAGGUUUUGUAGCCAACUGGCUAGUUAGCUAUUAUGGGGUUUUAUUUGCUAGCUAGGUAGCUACGUCAGCUAGCCAUCUUCCCAGGUUUGCUCGCAAGCCCUACCCAAAAAAGCCAACGUUGUUUACUUGGCUGGAGUCCAAGUGUGGUCACUUCUUCUUCUAAUAUGGUAUAAUGGCGUACGCUGUGGUCACGUCUUCUUAUAUGGUAUAAUGGCGUUCGUAACAAUUAGGGGUGUGUUCGUAAAUUCAUCAGCUCUGGCACACUCUGUUCUGAAAUCGGAGGAGAUCGCAAGAGCGAAUUUACGAACGCAACCUAGAUGUGCAUUCUGCCACCUACUGUGCGGGUGGAUAAUUUAUUUAUUUAAAUUUUAUUUAACAACAUAAAAUAAGAUAAGUCAGUUAAGAACAAAUUCUCAUUUACAAUGACGGCCUACCCCAUCCAAACCCGGAUGACGCUGGGCCAAUUGUUGCAGACCUAUUCGACUCCCUAUCAUGGCCUGGAACACAGCCUGGAAUCGAACCAGGGUCUGUAGUGACGCCUCUAGCACUGAGAUGCAGUGCCUUAGACCGCUGCGCCACUCGGGAACCCAUAAUAAGGAUCCCAAAAAGUCAAAAAAUGUGGGUAAAACACAAUACCAUACAAACUAUCAAAAAAUAAAUUAACUAAGCAAAAUCAACCUGCUUUUCUGUAAAAUUCUAAUCAGGUCCCAACGCAGGCUCAGAAGCCUCCUGUGAGGGUGGGACAUUUGCUAGUGACAAUAGUCCUUAUAGUGCUUCUGCCGUGAAGUCUUGGAGCCAAAAAAACUUAUCGGCUGCAGAUAUGAUAUCCAGCUUCUUGGACUUCUUAGACACUUGUGCUGUACAAUUAAUCACUGUGGCUAUAAAUGCCACAAAAUCCACCUUAUUCACAAUGAGUGAAUCCUGAUCACUCCAUUGACUGGUUGCAAUGCAUCCACCGCUAUAUCUUCAACACUGUUGUCUCUUUCCCCUUCGACUCUCUUCACCGCCUCCACAUAGGAGAAUCGUUGCGCAGAUCCUUGACACCUCGACCUCCUUCACCUUAACAGGGCACUCAAGGAAGUCCGGACGACAAAUUAUAAUAUUGGACAAUAUUGGACAAAAUUACACUCAUUGGAGCCAAUUACACUAACUGGAGUAUCUGCCGCUGGCUGCUUCUAAGCUUUUUUCACUUGGAUGUUUUUGCCAAAACAUUGCUUACCUUUGUUAAACCAGCUAAACAGCUGCUCUUAGUGAAAAAUGUGUUUGGAGUUACCUUUCUAGCUAAUAGGCUAUGUUAGAGUUAAUUUUAUUUAACAAAAUAAGGUAAGUCAGUUAAGAACAAAUUCUCAUUUACAAUGACGGCCAAACCCGGAUGACGCUGGGACAAUUGUGCGCCGACCUAUUCGACUCCCAAUCACGGCCUGGAACACAGCCUGGAAUCGAACCAGGGUCUGUAGUGACGCCUCUAGCACUGAGAUGUGUGGGGAGGUCAAAAUAAUGAGAAACUAUCUACCAUAUCUAUUCACUUCUCAUUGCUAUUAUCAUUCACCUGAUGAUAAGACAAGAAAAUAACGUAUGAUGGGGGUUCCCUGGGUCGCCGGUUUGCCUGGAAUGGGGUCCCUGGGCAAGAAAAGCUUGAAGACCCCUGGCUUAGACAACACACAACAAGCCUACUUCAUGAGCUAGCUACUACUGCUAGAAUCAUUACAUAUUUUACACACAAUAUGGCUUAAGUUGAGGAUUAGUCAGUGCCUUAUUGCUUCUCAAAUGAUUGCAUGUCAGUCUCCCUUAGCAUAGCUAGGCUACACUUAGCUCUCGAAAACCUUUCUCUGUAGGGUUUUCAGCAGUUAGCUUCGCCCACGGCUGGCUCCAUGUGAACUACAAUCCCGACGCUGUGUUUUAACGUUUAGAAACAUCAAUAAUCAUCGCAUUCGAAACAGUUUUCGAAACAUAUGCCCCUCAUCUUUCAUGUCAGCGAGAAUGAAUCUUUCAAAUAUAAAAUAUACACUUACUGUAGCAGAUUUGCACAGAUGGAUACGCUGUGUGUGCCUCCAGCUGACAAACUACACUUCCGCUACUCUUCCUCCCCAGUUAAGCUUACACAUAGGUGUUCGGAAGGUUGCUGGUUCGAACUAUGGCUGAUUUUAAGGCAAGUCCUCCAGGUCCUGGACGACUUACCUUAAUAGAAGGAACCAUGAAUUCUGCUCUUUAUCAGAUAAUUUUACAGGAGAAUGUCAGGCCAUCCGUCUGUGAGCUGAAGCUGAAGUACAGCUGGGUCAUGCAGCAAGACAAUGAUCCAAAACACACAAUCAAGUCUACAUGAAAAUGGCUAAAAAGCAACACAUUUGAAGUUUUGGAAUGGCCUAGUCAAAAUCCAGGCCUAAUCCCAAUUGAGAUGUUGUGGCAGGACUUGAAACGAGCAGUUCAUGCUUGAAAACCCACAAAUGUCGCUGAGUUAAAGCAGUUCUGCAUGGAAGAGUGGGCCAAAAUUCCUCCACAGCGACAAGAGUGAUCAACAACUACAGGAAAUUAAAGCAGUUCGGCAUGGAGGAGUGGGCCAAAAUUCCUCCACAGCGAUGUGAGCGACUGAUCAACAACUACAGGAAGCAUUUGGUUUCAGUCAUUGCACCUAAAGGUUGCACAACCAGAAAUAUAUGAUACUUGGAGUUAAUAAUUAUUAUAAGUCCAAGGCCUGACACCUUGCCAACAGACAGAGCACAAGAUAACAUAAGGUGCCGCUUGCCGAUGUUUGUACAGUGAAAUGAGGCAAAGUUAAUUGUCAGCUUAGGCUCAACCCUAUAUGUUUCCAACCUCAUGGUACUAUGUAUUUAUUAGCAUAUAUUCAUGUAACAGUGCUUCUUGAAUCUUUUUAAACCAAUAUGCCUUUUCCCCCUAGGUGAUGCUGUGCUCAGAAAUCUUGAAAUAAAGGAAAAUGCCUUGGUAGGUUUUACAUGAAUGGCUAGGCCUACUGCUAAACGCAUCAGUUGUUAGUUGUUCAUUAUUUAGGUACAUUCAAAUUGUAUUGUGCUGAAUAUUUUUGUUCUUGUUUCAGAGGCAACUUGACAUUCCUUUUAAAGUAAGAGCCGGACAUAUAGGUAAGAUUUGUCCGAUGACUCUCAACCCAACACCUACCGUAACCCUAUGACAUUUACAAUAGUCCCUCCCUCCCUCUUUCUCACUCUUCAACCUCUUACUAUUUGUUCUCUCGCUCUGCUGUGUGUGUGUGUGGUUCUGUCAGGACGCUUGGAGCUGAAGAUUCCAUGGAAGAAUCUGUACAACCAGUCAGUGGAAGCUACACUGGAUGGAGUUUACCUGCUCAUCGUGCCCACAGCCAGUGAGAACCUGACCUUAUCACCGAUACGCAUGAACCCUAGCUGUAGUGUGUGUGUGUGUGCGUGUCUUUGCUUUUGUUAAUGGGUAGCCUAUGUCUUUGUGCAUGUUUCAGGUAUAAAGUAUGAUGCGGAGAAGGAGGAGAAACAGCUUCAGGAGGCUCGUCAGAGGGAGCUGCAGAGGAUCGAAGAGACCAAACAGAAAGCAGCGAAACAAGGUCAGAGUUAAUGUGUUAGUUACAUUAUUAUACAUUUUGAGUCUUUGUAAAUAAUGUAUAGCUUCAAAUGUGUAUCUCACAGACUGUCAGUCAGUGUUUACAUUUCCCCAACCCCACCCCUUGGCGGGGCUGCCUUUUGGGGUAAAACACAGACUCAGGACUGUGACUUUAAUGCAUGUACUGUUAUCAUAUUCAUUGGUGCCACAGAAAACCCUGCACUUGAGAAGCAGGACACCUUUGUGGAGAAACUGGUGACGCAGGUGAUCAAGAACCUCCAGGUGAAGAUCUCCAACAUCCACAUCCGCUAUGAGGAUGAUGUGAGUAUUCUGCCUAGUGUACUAUAGUAGUACUACAGUACUAGAACUAUGUAUAUUACUACUGUGUUGCAUUACUGUACGUUUCUCUCUCUCCUCUUAUCUCUCCUCUUGUCUCUCUCUCUCAGGUCACCAAUCCCAAUUGCCCAUUAUCAUUUGGAAUGUCACUACAGAACCUCAGCCUUCAGGUAAUGUGUGUCGCCUUUGCUUUGGUUUUGUUAUGGUUGUGGUCAGACCUUGAAACAGUAUCAAGUAACUUCUCAACCCCAAAACUGUGUGACCCCACAGACAGCAGAUGAGAACUGGAAACCUUGUCUCUUGAAUGAGAAAGCCAAGCUGUUUUUCAAGGUAGAGUAUUCUUUACAGCAAUGGUUAUACUGUAGAUUAGUUUGACAUACAUUAUGACACUGUUAUACUGUCAACAGCAUUCUAAGCUGUUUUCUGUUGUGCUUUUUCCUCUCCUCAGCUUGUCCAGUUGAACAAUCUCUUUGCCUACUGGAACGUGAACGCAACGCUGUACUCUAAUCACAUGCCAGAUGAGGCCCUGGUGAGUGACCGUGUCAUCAUUCAGCGCCGUUGCUGAGCGUUGAGUCUCUUAAGUGAGAGUGAUGUCUAUCUAUGACGUCUAAUUAAGUGUCUGUUCCUGUCUGUCGUUUCCACAGCGAUGCCUCCAGAACAGCAUGGACAUCUACAGUUCCACCCCCAUGAAACACGAUUUCAGUGAGUGUGUCGCCUAGUCGAUAUAGGGGUGUGACAUCAUUCAUCGUCUGGAUCAGUCUUUUACAUAUAUAUAUAUUUUUAGUCAUUUAGCAGACGCUCUUAUCCAGAGCGACUUACAGUUAGUGAGUGCAUACAUUUUUUUAUACUGUCCCCCCGUGGGAAUCGAACCCACAACCCUGGCGUUGUAAGCGCCAGCCAACUCUACCAACUGAGCUACACGGGGCCACGUGUCAGUCUUGAUAUUCAUGUAGCCAUUCACCUGCUACAGGGAAUCAAAUCAGUCAUUUGAGUGUAUUGUAAUCAAAUACUUUUUCCCAUUACUUAAACCCACUGUUGAAUUGUUGUUUAUCCUUAUUAACCUAAUUUUCCUGUUCAAUGUUGGCAGUUUUUUGUCCGAUAACGGCCAAUGCGAAGCUGUGCAUGAACCCCCGGUCAGACGUGAACUUCUCCUCUCCCAAGGUGGACUUGGUGGUCAACCUGAGAGAGGUGGCUGUGGAGCUCAACAGGCCACAGGUGAGACUGGGAGAGAGAGACCAUGAGAGAGGGAGUGAGAAAGGGCUACAUUUUCUUUGAGCAAAAGAGCACAUUUGUGCCCCCCAAAUAUAAUCUGCAUUGUGAUUUCAGUUGAAACCUUUCUUCAACAGUGUGCAUAAUAAGGAGGGUGGCUAUUAUUUAACCACUGUGAAGGACACUGAUGCUUCCGAUUUACACAAUUAUGCUACCCCGUCUAUUUGAAAUGUUACAGUAUCUUUUUUUCACAGAUCACCCAGAGUUAGAAUUUUAGUGUCACCCAGAGUUAGAAUUUUAGUGUUACCCAGAGUUAGAAUUUUUACCCAAAGUCUGGCUUAUUUCCCUCUGUCUUCUUCGUUGACGCCUGAACUCUGACCCCUUCCCUCUCUCCAGUAUGUCAGCAUUCUGGAGCUACUGGGCUCGGUGGAUAUGAUGUCACGCAACCUGCCGUACAGGAAAUACCGUCCGCAAGUCCACGUGCACACCAACGCCUACAUAUGGUAAGCACUCACACAUUUGUUUCUUAUACAAAAAAAAAACUAAAGCCUUUUUCUCUUGAUGUAUUGAUGACAAUUGUGGUUAUUGUUAAUGUUUAGACGGUGAAUGAUAAUUGUGUCAUGUUGCAUGCCACCCAGUAUAAGAUUAUUAGACACAUUUUUUCCAAUCAAUUGAGUUACAGUGAAGUACACAGACUGGUGCUAUAGUGACUGUCACUCUGCUUGUGUUUUUCAUCCAGGUGGCAGUAUGUGAUUACGGGCAUCAUGGAGGUGGACGUGAAGCCACGGCUGCACAUGUGGUCGUGGCAGUGCAUCCGCUGCCACCGACAGACAGUCAAGCGUUACAGAGCGCUCUACAAGUCCAAGAUCACCAACAAGAAGCCCACUGAGAAGCUGCUCAGGGAACUGGAGGUGUGUGGAGAUCAGGGUCAUGUUCAUUAGGCACCAAAUGGAAGAAAACUGACUGAAAACAGGGAGGGACUACCUGGACUUGUCCAAUAUGAAGCACACAUUAAAAUGUUCCAUUGCAAAAGGUUUUGAAACAUUUUCCGUUGCCUUCCCUAAAGAGUGCAACCCAGACCUGCGUUGAAAUAGUAUUUUUUUCCUUUCCAAAACUUGAGCAGUGCUUGAUUGAGCUUGCCUGGCCGUAAUUGGACCAAUGGAAUAUUCUCCAAAGUGCAAACCUUGCCCAUCUGGCACUCCGGGCAGGCUCAAUCAAGCGCUCAAAGUAUUUUAAAAGAAAACAAAAUAAUCUUUGAACCCAGGUGUGGUGGAGAUUUAGAAGGCCUCCUCCUCCCUUGCUCGCAGAGCUGCAACCCCAGUCUUUUUCUCUACUCUGCUGCAUUGAUUGAUGAACAUUAAGUAAUUGAUGAAGUAAUAAUUGACGGAUUGCCACAACGGUCCGGGAACUGUUCUAAUGGAUCCAUCUUUCCCUCCAUGUGCCCAGGAGACUGAGCGGACUCUGGAUAUCUUUAACAUCACGCUGGCCAGGCAGCAAGCUGAGAUGGAGGUACGGAUUGAGCUAUCUGUUGAAUUAUUCCUAGCUAACUAUCUUUCUUCUCUGCAUCUACUGUCCUGUCUGUCCGUCAACUAACUCAUUUGUUCAAAAUGGCAGUAAAGCAUGACUGAAAUAACCGUACUUAGUCACACUGCCAUAGCGUAACCACCAGUGCAACACGUAGUCACAGUCUAACUAACAAUAGUUCCAGUUAGUGGUUGUGGUUGUGGCUGAGCCGUUAUGUGUAGACUGUGACCGGCAUUGGUUGGUUGUUCCAGGCGAACAAGGCAGGUCUGCGUAUCUUUCGUCCGGGGGUGGAGGAGGAGGAAUCUCAGGGCUGGUUGGGCUGGAUGUGGUCCGGCUGGUCAGGAGAUGGCGGCACCAAGGCCAAGGAGGUCAAGACCGGAGGUGAGACUGCCCGCGUACCCAAUCACCACGCUCUAUUUUGUACAUACAGUGAGGGAAAAAAGUAUUUGAUCCCCUGCUGAUUUUGUACGUUUGCCCACUGACAAAGACAUGAUCAGUCUAUAAUUUUAAUGGUAGGUUUAUUUGAACAGUGAGAGACAGAAUAACAACAAAAAAAUCCAGAAAAAUGCAUGUCAAAAAUGUUAUAAAUUGAUUUGCAUUUUAAUGAAGGAAAUAAGUAUUUGACCCCUCUUCAAAACAUGACUUAGUACUUGGUGGCAAAACCCUUGUUGGCAAUCACAGAGGUUAGACGUUUCUUGUAGUUGGCCACCAGGUUUUCACACAUCUCAGGAGGGAUUUUGAGCCACUCCUCUUUGCAGAUCUUCUCCAAGUCCUUAAGGUUUUGAGCCUGACGUUUGGCAACUCGAACCUUCAGCUCCCUCCACAUAUUUUCUAUGGGAUUCAGGUUUGGAGACUGGCUAGGCCACUCCAGGACCUUAAUGUGCUUCUUCUUGAGCCACUCCUUUGUUGCCUUGGCCGUGUGUUUUGGGUCAUUGUCAUGCUGGAAUACCCAUCCACGACCCAUUUUCAAUGCCCUGGCUGAGGGAAGGAGGUUCUCACCCAAGAUUUGAUGGUACAUGGCGCCGGCCUUUCGUCCCUUUGAUGCGGUGAAGUUGUCCUGUCUCCUUAGCAGAAAAACACCCCCAAAGCAUAAUGUUUCCACCUCCAUGUUUGACGGUGGGGAUGGUGUUCUUGGGGUCAUAGGCAGCAUUCCUCCUCCUCCAAACACGGCGAGUUGAGUUGAUGCCAAAGAGCUCGAUUUUGGUCUCAUCUGACCACAACACUUUCACCCAGUUCUCCUCUGAAUCAUUCAGAUGUUCAUUGGCAAACUUCAGACGGGCCUGUAUAUGUGCUUUCUUGAGCAGGGGGACCUUGCGGGCGCUGCAGGAUUUCAGUCCUUCACGGCGUAGUGUGUUACCCAUUGUUGUCUUGGUUACUAUGGUCCCAGCUGCCUUGAGAUCAUCGACAAGUUCCUCCCGUGUAGUUCUGGGCUGAUUCCUCACCGUUCUCAUGAUCAUUGCAACUCCACGAGGUGAGAUCUUGCAUGGAGCCCCAGGUCGAGGGAGAUUGACAGUUAUUUUGUGUUUCCCCAUUUGCGAAUAAUCGCACCAACUGUUGUCACCUUCUCACCAAGCUGCUUGGCGAUGGUCUUGUAGCCCAUUCCAGCCUUGUGUAGGUCUACAAUCUUGUCCUUGACAUCCUUGGAGAGCUCUUUGGUCUUGGCCAUGGUGGAGAGUUUGGAAUCUGAUUUGAUUGCUUCUGUGGACAGGUGUCUUUUAUACAGGUAACAAGCUGAGAUUAGGAGCACUCCCUUUAAGAGUGUGCUCCUAAUCUCAGCUCGUUACCUGUAUAAAAGACACCUGAGAGCCAGAAAUCUUUCUGAUUGAGAGGGGGUCAAAUACUUAUUUCCCUCAUUAAAAUGCAAAUCAAUUUAUAACAUUUUUAACAUGCGUUUUUCUGGAUUUUUUUGUUGUUAUUCUGUCUCUCACUGUUCAAAUAAACCUACCAUUAAAAUUAUAGACUGGUCAUUUUUUUGUCAGUGGGCAAACGUACAAAAUCAGCAGGGGAUCAAAUACUUUUUUCCCUCACUGUACAUUCUUAUUAAUUGAGACAUUUCACAUUUGAUACAGGGUCUCACUGUGACUAAUAAAUAAACGCAGAAUGUCUGUUAGUUCCAGCAUCCUGCCACAGCUGCAAUCUUUUUGGCUGUGCACUUGCACCCUGAAAUAGGCCUUGGCUAGCGAAAUGCCAUUGUAGGCCUACCAGGUACAAACCUAGCUACAAAAGUCGACAAUGCCAAAACAAGGUGCUUGAAAAGACCCCAUACUGAUAUUGAGGUGGAGAAUUCCUGUCAAUCCACUGCGCAUGUUGUUCCUCGGACUAGUCCUUUAACGUCCAUUGUCCAGGAGACUGUCGCUCCUUCCCGGAGAAUCCUCUGACACAGGUGAAGCACGUUUGGAGGACCGCAUCAGCAUAUGCGUUCUGAACCAACCAAACAUUUAUUUUAUUGGGAGAAAUCACCAGCAAAUCAAAGUUGUUACUUUGCAAAGAGAUGCAUGGGCACCAUUAGAGGAGUGUGUCAUUGGAUUUAGACCAGGGGUGUCAAACUCAUUUUAGCUCAGGGGCCACAUGGAGGAAAAUCUAUUCCCAAGUGGGCCGGACCGGAAAAAUCAUGGUGUGUAUAUAUAACUUAAAAACAACAACUUCAGAUUGUUUUCUGUGUUUUAAUACGAUCAACAUACAACAUAAAGCUGGAGCCUGAGGACAGUGUGUCCAGAAUAGUACAAGCACAACAUCACUAUUAAUCAUAAAACACGUCAAGUUUAUUUGAAAAUUCUAAAGAAAAAGAACACACAAACACACAAUGCCUCAGUGAUUAACAUAACUGUUUCACAGAUCACAGAACUAUAUCAGGGUGUCAUUUCUCAGGCAGAAAUGUAGAUAAAAAUAAUGAAAUCCUGUUCCCCAAACAAGUGCAAGAACCACAGAGUCAAGAAUAGGUUAAAUAUACAAAUAAAAUAAAAUCAAUUAAAAACAAUAGCACAUCAACAUAAAAACAUAUAAACAUAAAUCUGAAAGCGUUGCUCAAACUCCCGUAACAGUCCCGUUAUUUUAUCUUUGAACCGCUUCAUGUCUGCCAUAUGUUGGGUCGCGCACACAUUUUUCAGACAGGGGAAGUGAGCUGCAUCACCACCGGCAAGUUGCGUCUCCCACAAUGACAGCUUCAACUUGAAAGAACGUAUGCUGUCAUAAUACUGCGUGACAACUUUGUUGCGCCCUUGCAGCUGUUUGUUCAAGUUAUUCAGGUGCUCUGUAACAUCCACCAUAAAUGCAAGGUCCUGCAUCCAUUCUGCGGAAUGAAAUUCUAACACUGGUUUGCCCUUUUCUUCCAUGAACUGUUCAAUUUCUUCUCGUAAAUCAAAGAAACGCCUCAGCACAGCACCUCGGCUUAACCAUCUUACCUCAGUGUGGUAUGGCAGGCCAUAGAUGUGGUCUUUCUCUCUGAGAAGGCUGUCAAACUGACGGUGAUUCAGGCUUCUGGAUCGGAUGAAAUUAACAGUUUGGAUGACCACCUUCAUGACGUUAUCCAUCUUUAAUGACUUGCAACACAAAGCCUCCUGGUGCAAAAUACAGUGAAAAGUCAAAAAAUCACGUCCUCCAUUUGCAGAUUGCACUUUCUCUCUGAACUUUGUCACAACGCCUGCUUUUUUCCCGAUCAUUGAGGGCGCACCAUCUGUAGCCAGGUUGACAGCGCGGGACCAGUCCACUCCGACCCUGUCCAGCGCGCCGACGAGUGCGGUAAAAAUAUCAGCUGCUGUCGUUGUAUCUGUCAUCGGCACCAACUCCACGAACUCCUCGGUGACGGUCAAUGUGUCAUCAUCUCCGCGGAUGAAAAAAUGGCCAGUUGUGCAACAUCUGUAAUGUCCGUGCUUUCAUCAAUUGCAACCGAAAACGCAAUAAAUGACUUUACUUUUUGCUUCAACUGGCUGUCCAAAUCCACUGAAAGAUCGGAAAUCCUGUCUGCAACUGUGUUUCUUGUCAGGCUGAUAUUUGCAAAAGCCUGCCGCUUUUCAGGGCACACAAUCUCCGCUGCCUUCAUCAUGCAUGUUUUUACAAAUUCACCCUCACUAAAUGGUUUUGAAGCCACUGCGAUUUCAUUAGCAAUGAGGUAGCUAGCUUUCACUGCAGCGUCACUGAUGUCUCGGCUGUGAGUAAACACAGACUGCUGUUUCUUCAGACCCGCCAACGGUUCAUUCACCUUCUCUCAUCUCCGCUGUCCUUGAAAGUUGUCAUAUUUGUCGGCAUGAAGACUCGCAUAGUGGCGACGAAGGUUAUAUUCUUUCAGCACUGCAACAUGCUCUGAACACACCAAACAUACAGCUUUCCCAUUCAAUUCCGUGAAUAAAUAGGAUGACCAUUUUUCUUGGAACACUCUGCACUCUGCGUCCACUUUUCUCUUUUUUGACAGAGACAUAUUGGGGCAAUGAGGGUGCCAAAGCACAUAAUGUUAAAAGUAGAAGCCGUAAUAAAUAUCGCGGGCAAAACAAAGUAGCUCAUUGGCUGCACGUGCUUGACCUACUUGCUCUGCCCCGGUAUAAACAGUUUGCUCGCUUAACACAAUUGCUAUUGCGCCAUCCAGUGGACGCAAUUGGAACAGCAGUUUAUUUUAUAGACAAAUUGCAGCGCAUUUCUAUACUUUACAAAAAAUGUUUUUUAUUUUUUUAUUUUAUUUUAUUUUAAUCAUCUCGCGGGCCGAAUUAAACCCGUUUGCGGGCCUGAUCCGGCCCAUACGUUUGACACCCCUGAUCUAGAUGAUAAGGCGCUCCUGAUGAUGAUGUUUUAAUGUUUUUGUGAAUCAUUUUGUGAAGCUAGACAAAAUGUAUGGACAAUGACAUUUGUUUUCUUUAUUCUCCUCAGCUUUUGGUGAGUUUAUGACUCCUGCCGAGAAGGCCAAACUCUACACUGCCAUUGGCUACAGUGAGAUAGCUGUCAAUCACAACCUGCCAAAGAAUGUGAGUGGCUACUGUAUAUUUCCCACACAUCGUAGUGCAGUACAACAAUCCCUGGUGUCUUCCAAAAGAGAUGUUUGAAUAUGUGGAGAUAGAAAGAUAACCCAGGACACUAUUCACAAUCUCUCUUUUCUCUUUCUGAUUUUGUUUUUGCAGUUUGAGGACAUUAAGAUUAAUUUCCACAUGAAGAGUAUGUCUUUCUCAGUGAAAGACAACAAGGAUCAAAAUGAAAUCCUCAAACUCACAGUUGAAAACCUGAAAUCCAUGCUGACCCAGAGGCCCGGAGCAAAAGCCAUUAAGUACGCACAGUGCACCCUCUGGGGUGUGUUCGUUGAGGUGGUUUCACACAGAAAUUAAUAGAGCUGACGUGAUGCCCAAUUAUACAUGACAGAAUAUCAUAUCUGUUCUACAAAAUAUAUUUAUAUCGGUAACUCUGUAUGCUUGUGAACAGACCCUGCGUUUUAAUACUUUCCCCCUCCUUCCCUGUUGUAGUGCUUUAUCAAUGGGAUAUUGUUGCCAGGUUUUGUUAUUGUGCCAUAUCCAAGAACAAACUUGAACAGCUGACAACACUAUUUUGCGAUGCUUUGUUUGUUGGUAUCUCUCUCUUUCACCAUCUCUCUCUUUCACCUUCUCUCUCUUCCACCUCCUCUCUCUUCCACCUCCUCUCUCUUCCACCUUCUCUCUCUUCCACCUCCCCUCUCUUCCACCUUCUCUCUCUUCCACCUUCUCUCUCUUCCACUGCUUCCUCCACUCUCUUCCCUCCACUCUCUUCCACUUCCUCUCUUCCCUUGGUUCUGAUGCUGCUGUUGUUGUUUGCUGCUCUCAGGCUGUCGGCCCAGCUUAGUCUGUUUGAGGUGACAGGACUGGCCAAUAAUCGGCCGGCGCCCACGCUGCUGUCAUCGAGGAAGGCUGCCACGGUAACGGGGACCCCCUUGCUGGACAUCCUGUUUGAGACAAACCCUCUGGAUGAGAGUGCUGACCAGCGGCUCCGUGUCGAGUCCCAGCCUCUGGAGAUCAUCUAUGACGCUGUUAGUGUUUGUGUGUGCCUGUUUACAUGACUGUAUGCCAGUUGUUCCUCGGUUCAAUCAGGCAUGGAGUUGUUAGAACGAAGUUCGCACCCCCUGUUGCUGUGUGUGUUUGCAUGCGCGUGUGUAACAACAUGGGUACCUGUUUCUCCCUCCGGCAGGUGACGGUGAACAGCAUGUCUGCGUUCUUCUUGCCGCCUGAUGACCUCCAGCUAGACGAGCUAACCAACGCCACUCUCAUGAAGCUGGAGCAGUUCCGAGACCGCACCUCCACAGGUCAGAGCCCCGCCUCUAGCGCUGACAGGCCACACUCCUGGGCUGAAACACAGCACUGAUGGAUUUUUUACAUGUGCUGCAGGCCCAAAUAUAGAGAUCUAUUCUAUUAAUUUAUGUUCUAUGGACAUGGAGGUUGGUGAGAUAACCUUAUGAUUAAUCAGCCAGAAUAUAAGCCUCAUUGACCUCAAUCUCCAAUCCAUACUUCCUACUGACACACACACCCCUUGCCUUUCAUAUCCUAUAUUAUGUAAGAACAUGUUGUAGUAUGCUGACCAUUAUAUGGUGUUGUCUGCAGGGCUGAUGUACGUGAUUGAGACCCAGAAGGUUCUGGAUCUGAACGUCAACCUCAUGGCCUCCUAUGUGAUCGUGCCCCAAACCGGGUUCUACGACUCCACUCAGAACCUCAUGCUAUUGGACCUGGGUCACUUCAAGGUAAGUCACUUCAAUUGGCACAGCAUGCGCGUUUGUGUAGAGAGAGCGGUUCGAUCUGACUUGAGUAAGUGAGAGACGAUGUACGGAAAAAUUGAGAACUGUGAUUGGUCCUAUCAUGUUGCUAAAGGCAACCACUGAGCAGACUCAACUUGCCCGACUGUUUAGUUUACUAGCCCCGGGAAGCCAAACCCUGUCUAAUGAACAGGACCUCACCCAGGCGUUCUAUGCCGGGGGGUUUCAAACUGGGGUCCAUGAAUUUGAGCUUUGUUUUGGAAAAACUAUUUUUGGUAUUUUUGUAUGUGAAAAUUAUUAGAUUAUGAAUAUCGCUAGCUGCAACAGAAUACCAUCAUGGAAACCAUUUUUAUGUCUCUGCAUCCAGUAUGAAGGAAGUUAGAGGUAGUUUCACGAGCUAAUGCUAACUAGCGUUAGCACAAUGACUGGAAGUCUACAGGAACAGUUGGCAUACUAGCUGUUCCUGUUCAUCCGACUCUGGGGAAGUAGAUAAAGGGCUUUAUUGCCUGGGCGAGGGUCCCUGGGCAAGAAAUGAUUGAAAAUCCCUGUUCUAUGCCAUUGUCUUGUGUUAUCAGGUGUCUAGUCUGAGCAGAAAGGGGCUACCCCAGCUUUCUGUAGGGAGCAGUACUAUACAGGACAUCAUGUCCCAAGCCUACGACAGCUUCGACAUCAAGCUCAGCAGCCUACAGUUCCUCUACAGCAAGCCAGGUACACACACACACGGACAAAGGCACACACACACACACACAAUUAUCUGCCCAAAAUGUGUCAUGUGACGCAACUACGCAGGGAAGCCGUUUUCUGUAGCUUAUUGCGUUCUUGCGUUGCGUACAUAGGUAGACUAUAGCUAAAUAAGGCUUAACAGUGGUUGUUGUGUUGUGUAUUAGACGGGAACUGGAGGAAAGCCCGUAAGCUGAAGCAGUCGGCCCUCCACAUCCUGGAGCCUGUCGAUGUCAAGGUGGUGUUCAGCAGAGCCAUGGUGGUCACAGACUCACGCAUGCCCAAGUAAGAGGGAGGAGAGAGGGCUUGGGGGAGAGGGGUGGAGGGAGAGGGGUGGGUGGAGGGUGGGGAGAGGGGUGGGUGGUGGGGUGGAGGGAGAGGGGUGUGUGCAUGGAGGGAGGGAGGGAGGGAGAGGGGUGGGUGCGAUGCCUUUUUUGUACUACCACUCUGUGUAAUGGUGUUUGUCAAAAAGCUGGUCAGAUAAAUUAUAUUGUGUGUGUGUGUUUGUCAGGUUUAAGAUCUUCGGGGAGAUGCCUCUCUUGUCUCUGAGGAUCUCUGAUGAUAAGGUGCGGGCCGUGCUGGAACUGAUUGACAGUAUCCCACUGCCGGCGAGCAGGCCGGCCCCGCGCAGCACCAACAUACACUCUACACCUAAGGUACUAACUACUGGGAGUCUCUCUGCCUGUCUGUGGGUUGACUCUCUGCCUGUCUGUGAGUUAACUCUCUCUGCCUGUCUGUGGGUUGACUCUCUCUGCCUGUCUGUGGGUUGACUCUCUCUGCCUGUCUGUGGGUUGACUCUGUCUGUAAUGUCGGUUGUUUUGUGUGUAGAUAGAUUUCUAUUGGGUUGUGUGCGUGUCUAAUUUCUGCUUGUUUUUCUUCCGCAGGCUCCAAAGCAGUCGUACACCGCUCAGCUAACCCCCAGGCAACCAACCAUGGCUGAACUGCGCAACUCCCUCAUAUGGGAAUCAGGUGAGAGACAUGCACACACACAUACAGCCCUGUGAACACAUUACAAAUGGAUCUCUGUACUUUACACACAACUGUGAUCAUGACAGACGUUAGUGUGGCAUUAGCAUUUUAAGUGUGUGUGUGUACAGGCUCAGAGGAGGACCUGUUCUACGAUGCUCCCAGCUCUCCUAUAGACGACCAUCCGUUCUUCCCCGACAACAUGCCCAGCCCUCUGCAGCGCUCCGACUCGGUCAAGAGGAGAGGUCUGGUCAAGAAAGACCCCAAGAAGAACAUGACCGACUUCCUCAUGACGUUUGAGAUCAACAAGGUAUGCUUAACCUAAUCUACAUCUGUGUGUGAGAGAGGACUUAAACACUUAAUUUAGUUUUCACUCUUGAUUGCUAGUAAAGUGGCGUGUGUGUAUUGAUUGCUAGUGAAGCGGCGUGUGUGUAUUGAUUGCUAGUGAAGCGGCGUGUGUGUAUUGAUUGCUAGUGAAGCGGCGUGUGUGUAUUGAUUGCUAGUGAAGCGGCGUGUGUGUAUUGAUUGCUAGUGAAGCGGCGUGUGUGUAUUGAUUGCUAGUGAAGCGGCGUGUGUGUAUUGAUUGCUAGUGAAGCGGCGUGUGUAUAUGUGUGUACUCCCUUCUUCUGCUGUCUAGCUGUCUGUUCAGCUGUGUCGUCUGUCUGGAGGCCAGGAGGUCACAGUGUUACACCUGGGCACUGAGCGGCUGGGCUCUGAGCUAAAGCUACGUACCUUCGACAUGACAUCUAACACUUUCCUACGAGAGAUCUGCCUAGAGUGCUCAGAGUAUAUGGGUAGGUGAGGGAGUGGGUGGGAAUUGUUGUCUCUUAAAGGUAGGGCUGUCAACUAACUGAUCCAGAAAUUCACAAUCGAAAAUGUAUCUUCAAAAUGUCAAUAUUCGAUUAAUAUUGUAAUCUAAUUUGCAUAAAUGUACAUAAAUAUGUAAAUGUCAAAAUAUGGGUCAUAUGCGCCUUCGCUACAGCCUUCUCCAUACCAGCUCUGACAUUAGGGGAGACGCCAGAAAAGGUAGCCAAACUUGAAUGUGCCUGUUUAUGCCAUUGAACCCAGCAUUUCUCUCCUAUUCUGUUUGUUUUUCAAAAUAACUUUGUUCCGUUGUCCACUGCAUUCAAAGGCAGUAAUCUAGUAAUGUUUGAUAGCAACCCAUUCUAGUUGUUGCAUCUUUUAGAUCACCCCUUUUUCUACGCUUUUAACAUAUGUGUCACAUGAAAUGGCUUGCAUCUGGUGUGUUUUCAGAAUGGUGGUUUUCCCGCAAUUGCAUUUUUGGAACAUUAGCAGGACGGCUCUGUGCACCGUGCUGCGCUUGGAAUGUGAAUAGAUUAUUGUCUAGAUCAUUAUAAGAUAAACAUUGUGAUAUGCUGCAUUGUCAUUGUUGGUGGUUGUAUGGGUGUGGCAUGUCUGCAGACAUUUCUGUGUGGUUUUGGUGUGAUAUGAUUUUCUGGUUUUAUAUUCUUGUCCAGAUUCAGAGGAGAAGAAAGUGCACCUGAUCACCACUCUAGACAACACAGAGGAGGACCUCCUCACAUUGGAGUACACUAAGGUACACACAUACACACACACACACACACACACACACACACACAGUCAACGCUGUCUUCAUCCAAUAUAGAUUAACAGCAGAGCAGGUCUAAAAGCUUCAAUGUCUCUUUCAGGCUGAUAAGAACGGGCCAGAAUUCAAGUCUCAGUACAAGAACACUGAACAAUCAGUAAAGGUAAGGUCUUACAAUACAACUGUGUUAACCCACAUUUGGAACUUCAACAUGAUGUUGAUGGUGUGUUUGUGAUGUCUCUGUCUCAGGUGAACUUCUCGUCUCUGGACAUACACCUGCACACGGAGGCUUUGCUCAACGCCAUGAACUUCCUGAACGGCCUCCUCCCCCCGACCAAGGAGGCGGCACCCAGCCAGGAGGAGCUGCCCACCAUCCCAGAGGAGGACGAGGGAGAGGGAAAGGGGGAGGAGGAAUCAGCCGUGGCAAAAAUAACAUGUAUGUAAAUUAUCAGUUUCAUGGAAUCCAUUCUGGUUACUGGAACUAAGACUUUUCCAUUGUUGAUAUUGAUUAGAAUUUCAUGAAUCAAGUUAGUCGAAAGUGGAAGAGACUUUGGUUAGGUAAUAUACCUCCUUUAUAUUUGUUGCAUGUAGAGAUAUUGAGUAGACACGUGUCCUCCAUGUAUUCUCCUUCUAAUACGUAGCUAGCUAAACCAAAUGUAAAUUCUCUGCCAUUGUAUGGACCACUUGACGUUUUAUGUAUUGUGAUGCAAACAAAAUCACCUUCACAUCAAAGCCUCUUUUAAGUUUGGACGAAGGAACAACUCUUUCAUAAAUGUCUCUCUUCCCCACUCUCCUCAGCUUCUAAGAAGUCAAAGUUUGAGGACGUAGUGAAUUUGCACAUCAGAGCUGAUCUCAACUGUCUGAAGGUUUUCAUCAGAGGCCAGAGCCACAGGAUAGCAGAGAUCAGCAUUGAGGGUAACACACGUCACCGUCCGCAACACACGUCCGCAACACACGUCACCGUCCGCAACACAAGUCACCGUCCGCAACACACGUCACCGUCUGCAACACAAGUCACCGUCCGCAACACACGUCUGCAACACACGUCACCGUCCGCAACACACGUCACCGUCUGCAACACAAGUCACCGUCCGCAACACACGUCUGCAACACACGUCACCGUCCGCAACACACGUCACCGUCCGCAACACACGUCACCGUCCGCAACACACGUCACCGUCUGCAACACAAGUCACCGUCCGCAAACACACGUCACCGUCCGCAACACACGUCACCGUCCGCAACACACGUCACCGUCCGCAACACACGUCACCGUCCGCAACACACGUCUGCAACACAAGUCACUGUCCGCAACACACGUCACCGUCCGCAACACACGUCACCGUCCGCAACACACGUCUGCAACACACGUCACCGUCCGCAACACACGUCACCGUCCGCAACACACGUCACCGUCCGCAACACACGUCACCGUCCGCAACACACGUCUGCAACACACGUCACCGUCCGCAACACACGUCACCGUCCGCAACACAAGUCACCGUCUGCAACACAAGUCACCGUCCGCAACACACGUCCGCAACACACGUCACCGUCCGCAACACACGUCACCGUCCGCAACACACGUCACCGUCCGCAACACACGUCACCGUCCGCAACACACGUCACCGUCCGCAACACACGUCUGCAACACAAGUCACCGUCCGCAACACACGUCUGCAACACAAGUCACCGUCCGCAACACACGUCUGCAACACAAGUCACCGUCCGCAACACACGUCUGCAACACAAGUCACCGUCCGCAACACACGUCUGCAACACAAGUCACCGUCCGCAACACAAGUCACCGUCCGCAACACACGUCUGCAACACAAGUCUGCAACACAAGUCACCGUCCGAAACACACGUCCGCAACACAAGUCACCGUCCGCAACAUACGUCCGCAACACAAGUCACCGUCCGCAACACACGUCCGCAACACAAGUCACCGUCCGCAACACACGUCCGCAACACAAGUCACCGGCAACACACGUCCGCAACACAAGUCACUGUCCGCAACACACGUCCGCAACACAAGUCACCGCCCGCAACACACGUACGCAACACAAGUCACUGUCCGCAACACAAGUCACUGUCCGCAACACAAGUCACUGUCCGCAACACAAGUCACCGUCCGCAACACAAGUCACCGUCCGCAACACAAGUCACCGUCCGCAACACACGUCCGCAACACAAGUCACCGUCCGCAACACACGUCUGCAAGAGCUGCAUGCAUGAAUUAUGAAAUUCCAUACAAUAAUGUGUGUUUGUGUGAUUAGAUGUGUGGACAGGGCACGCGUACACAGAUGAUAAUGAUGCUAGUGCCACCUUGUGGUGAACAUGAAGAAAUACUCAGGCCACUGAUUUUCUCCUAUUGGUUCUGGAACUGAUAUGAACACAGCCUUGCAAUAGAGAUCUGGCAUUUACAAAAUUACACUGAUUGGCCCAAGGGGGGCGCUAUAGUAAUCAACUGAAAUUCGUUAUUCGUUAUUCGUGGGCACGACAUAUUUACUGUAGCCUUGUUCUAGACUGGUUCUAGACCUGCUCCUCAGUGUUCUGCCUCUUUGUUCUAUGUUCCAGGCCUGGUGUCGGAGGUGCUGAUGAGGAGAAAGGCGGUGGAGGUUCUGGCCAACCUGAAGAACAUAGUCAUCCUGGAUUGUGAUGAGGAGGCUCUGUACAAGCAGGUAGCUUUUACUCAAUGUUUAACUCGUUUUCCAUUGUGUGCCCUAACUAACACGACCCAGCUGUCAUUGACUAGCCAUACUCACAAGGCUCACUCAUGGCCUCCAGUAUCCAAAAAGGAUCAAAUGAAAACUUCACCAACCAAAAUGUGAACAAACACCAAAACCCAAUGUCACCACAUUUUUGCCAUCUUGUUUUACUUUAGAGAUGUUAUUUUCCCAGUCAAGGGGCAACAUUCACGAGAAAUUAUGAUUGUUGUUUUUGCUUUCUACUGGUGUUUUUCUAAUGUGUAUAUUUGUACGGCGUCUGCGUCCUAGUGUGUGUCCAUAGCUGAUAAGGAGGUGUUUGCUUUCCGCAUGGUGAACUACACAGACGCCACUGAGGGCGACGCCUAUCUAGACAUGGGUAAAGUGGACACCAGCAUCACCCUGAUGGUGGGCUGCAUCCAGGUCAUCUUCCUCAACAAGUUUGUCUCCUCCAUCCUGGUAAGAGACACGCCACCAUUUCUCUUAACUCCACCUAACUAUCACCAAUCCUUUUCUGUGCUUCAAAAAUUAAGUUACCAACAACACUUUUCCAGGGUGUCGAAAACCAUGGCCUUACUUGUAGUACCGGUACCAAAAUGCCCCAGAACCGACCAAGCCUAAUCACAUUCGGUGCCCUUUUUCGGUUCUGGAUUGUCCUACGUCAUAUGACCAUCGAUGAGCAUUUUGUAACGUGACUGCUCUUUGUCCUCCUCCUCAUUCAUCUCCCUCUCCCCCAGGCCUUCAUCAACAACUUCCAGGCGGCCAAGGAGGCCCUGGCUGAGGUGACUGUGCAGGCAGCGGAGAAGGCAGCCACGGGGGUGAUGGAGCUGGCUGAGCGCAGCACGCGCAUCUCUCUGGAUGUAGACUUCAACGCUCCUCUUGUCUUCCUGCCGCAGUCCUCCUCCUCCACCAACGUCAUUGUGGCUGACCUCGGCAUGGUCACGGUCAAGAACUGCUUCGCCUUGGUCGACUCCCAGGUGCAUGUCAAGAUCCCCCCCAUCAUGGACACCAUGACCGUGGGCCUCAGUGACCUCAAGAUGUACAGGUGAGACAGUACAGGGUCGCUGGUAAGGCACACCAGUAGUCAGGCAAUUCUGUAGACGUACAUGGAUCGGAAUUAAACCUCAUGGAUUCAGUUUUUUUUUAAGUGAACGGAUGAUUUCAUUUGUUCACAGGGAUGGGAAGUGUGUAUUGAUAGUAGACAUGUUUCUGUGUGUUUCUAUUACUUUUGCAUAUCUGGUCCAACCCCGGAUGUGCAGUGAAUCAGAACCUGUAAAGCCAUUUGUUUGUUGUUUGAUUGUCCAGAACCACCUUUGAGAAGGGGAGGUUUCAGGGGGAGAUCCAACUUCUGAAGCCGGUCAACCUUGACCUGUCAAUCCAGAGGAAUCUGUCGGCCUCCUGGUACCACAGCAUCCCCGACAUAAAGAUCACUGCCCACCUCAAACCUAUGAAUGUGAGUGAAUGUGUCAGUGGUGUCUGUUAUAGUUAAAGCCAACUCUCAAUGAACAAGAAAUAUUAGUAUGAAAUUAUUGUUGUUGAUACAUCUGUGUAACGGUGUGUGUGUGUGUGUUUGUCUUACUAGCUGAUCCUGAGUCAGGAUGACAUGACGAUGGUGUUGAGGACUCUGGGUGAGAACCUGUCAGAGACGUCAGAUGCUGCUUCCCCCCCUCCUUCUCCGCCUACAGUGGACCGCUCCGACACAGCCACUACCGAAGGCUUGCAGGGCACAGGAGGUACUGGUACUAUCCCCACCAGCGGUGAGGACAGUUGGGUUGAAUGUGUGUGUGAGUCUUAAUAUUUGGAUGAUUGUGAUAUUAAUAAUCAUGUUGAACCCUGUCUGUAGGCAACAUAGUGGUAACUGCUGCAGUGGUCGAGACCCAGAAGAGCACUAAGCUGAAGAACACACUCAAAGUAGACUUCAAGUUUGAUUCCAUGACUCUGGUCCUGUACAGCCCCAAUGGGACUGAGGUAACUACUGCAUACCUUCAAAAACACUACAAUUGACCACAGAAAACUCCAUCCACUUAGAUAUUCUUACCAAAAAGUGUGUGUCUGUGCCCGUCUGUCUGUGGGCGUGCGUCUCUGCCUGUGUGUGUGUGUGUGUGUGUGUGUGUGUGUGUGUAUCCAGGUGCAGGUGUUGGACUCGAGGGAUGAUCAGCUGAAGCUGGCUGAGUUCACCCUGGGGACCAUCUCUACAUCUGUCCACAUGUUCUCAGACGGAUCCAUGAAGGCCUCCGUCAAACUCACAGACUGCCUGCUAGAUGACAAGAGAUGCAGAGUCAAGAAUAUCACUGCCAGGUAGAACGCAUGAACACACACAGUUACCUUGGUACUAAGCCUACAUACACAUUCAAACACACUGGGAGAGAUACCGCAGAGUGAUGUGUGUGUACUGUGAACAUAUGAGCGUGUGGCUCAGUGCUGGCGUAGAUGUACGAGGCUCAGUGUGUGUUCUUCAGCGUGGCAUCAUGUUCAUCACCGCUUUACCAUCUGUCUACUCACAUAGCUGUGUGACAGUCCUAAGAUGAAUGGCUUUUGUUAGCAGCCCCAUGAUAGUCAAAGCAGCUUUAAGUUAAUCUCGCACUCCCAGUUCCUCAAAACCCAUGAGUAUUUCCAUCUGGUAUGUAAAUUGUUUUGAGAGAAUGGAAUCUUUCAAUCUGUAGUGUAGAAUAAAAAGUUAGUCUCACUCCUCAAUGUAACAUCAAUUGACAAACAGAUUACAAGGUAUUUAGUGCACUGAUGAUAGGGUGUGUUAUUGGGACCCUUGUUGUAGGGAUUGUUAUUAUUGCUCUUUCUGUAGGGAUCAUCAUGUCCCUCUGGCCUCUGUCUGUCAGGAUGAUGGCGACGCGUCCGAGUGCUGGGAGGAACGUGAUGGUGGAGGUCAACUACAAGCAGGGGUGUGACGGCACCUCUCUGGAGACGGUGGUGCAGGACGUCUACCUCUGUGCCAGCAUGGAGUUCCUGCUCACCGUGGCCGACAUCUUCCUCAAGGCCAGCCAGCAGGGUUUCUCCUCAGCCGUCCCCAAGAACAGCAGCAGCACUAAACCCACGGUUACAGCCACCGCUGCUUCCAAGGAACCAGGUAGGACACAUUCACAUUUCACACUACACAAUAUUCACCACAAAUGUCAUGUUCGUACGACAUCAAAUGUCAUAGUGGAGGAGUCCGAUAGUUUCACUUAGUUUCUGACCGAUUUCUUCCAUUUGAUGCCUAAUGAACACGCCCCUGCUUUCUUCUCUGUGUCUGUACUCCAGCUCCAGUGGCGGUCAAGUCGGAGAUGAUCGUUCUGGUGAAGAACCCAAAGAUUGUCUUUGUGGCCGACCUGACGCGUGCCGACGCCCCGGCCCUGGUCAUGACCAUGGAGUGCGAGCUGGUGAUUAAGAGCAACCCUGAUGGUCAGCUGAUGACGGCAGUGGUCAAGGACCUGAAGGUGGUGGCCUGUCCCUUCCUGAAGGAGAAGAGGAGGAACAAGGAGACCACUGUGCUGCAGCCCUGCCAGGUGUUCUUCAAGAGCACACAGUCCUCCACCUCCCCGCAGGCUAUGGAGGUCUGCAUCAAGGCACUGACACUCAAGGUAGGCCACAGCCAAAAACGGAACGGGAAGAAGCAUCUCACUAAUAAAAUACCUAAUUGUCACUUUUUCCUAUGUUUUUAUUUCUGGCACAGCUACCAGAACCAGAGUGAUGUGUCUUACGUUCCAUUCUCCUCCGUGCCCCUCCCCCUCCCCCAGGUGUCGCCCAUCAUCAUCAACACAGUGAUCACCAUCCAAUCGGUGCUGAGCCCGGCCGGUGCAGACACGCCCCAGUCUGAGCUGGAGAGCCCCGUACCCCCAGACCUGUGGGAACGCCGGGCCUGGCGGGACCUCAAGCUGUGGUUCCUGGAGGAGGAGGGUAAAGACGAAGAUGCCCAGUCCCUGGUCCCGUUGAUUCCCCAGGGCGAGUCCCUGCAGGUGGCCAUUUACUCCAUCUGCCUGACCCUGGAGGCUGGGGUGGGCCACCGCACCGUCCCCAUGCUGCUGGCCAAGUCCUCCUUCCACGGGGAUGUCAAGAACUGGAGCACCCUCAUCGACCUGCACAGCCAGCUCAACCUGGAGGUCAGACACUGCACAUCUCUACACGCUACCUCUAUACAACAUCUACACAACCUCAAUUCAACUAAAACAGGUUUAGUAAGACUGCAUUUAGUGUACUGUAACAUAGUUGAACAUAGUGUUGUAUGUUUAGGUUCACUACUUCAACGAGGUGAUGGGGGUGUGGGAGCCUCUUCUGGAGCCCGUAGAAGACGAGACCAGAGACGGCUUCAGAUCCUGGACUCUGGGAUUAAAGGUGACCCUUAAUAAAGGUUGACUUUGGGCACGAAAAACGGUCCAACUCUUUUCUCAAGUUUCAAACAGAAAUGGGGUGUGCCUUUUGGUGGUUCAUCAACGUGUCAUUCUGGUCCUGCGAGCCGUGACCAACGUAGCUAGUUUGUUAGCCACUGUAGCUAGACAGUAACUCCUCCAGUAUGUGUUGACGACAUUUCGCAGGAUUUGUUUUUGGACGGAAGCUGUAGAGAUGUUUUUAAGUAUUAAAUGACCUGGUAUGAUGGUGCAUUGAUCAGUUAUACAGUUUUAAAGCGUUGUUUUGUGCUUUUUUGCCCAAAGUCGACCUUUUUAAACAAUCUCUCAUUCACACCACACACACACACACACAAACUCACAAACAUCCCUCAUCCGGAUAGUGUAAACACACUAUCCACCACACACACUUAACGGCCAUACUUUCCCCUAACUGCAGAUGAAGAAGAAGCCAGUAAAGUACUCAGGUAUAUCAGAUGAAGUAGACUACUGCAUCCCUGACUACAAGACCGUCAUCAGCAUCAGCAGCAAGGACCAGCUCAACAUCACCCUCUCCAAGUGUGGACUGGGCAUGCUCAGUAACCUGGGCACGGUAAGUCAAUGAUGUCACCUACCAGCACUCUUGUAUGUGCUAUUUUAUUGGCUAGCUGAAAAUAUACCUUGUUUUUGUUAUGGAAUCACAUAAUCUGUACUGUCAAUAAGAAUCACAAAACAUUUUAACAAAAUAACUUUUUAUGUGUAAGUGGAUUGUUUUGAUUGUGUUGGGAUAGCUUGGUGUAGGCCUUUUUCUUGUACAUCCCAACAUGUGCUUGUGUGUGCGUGGCAGGCCUUUGCGGAGGCGGCCAAGCAGACAUCGGAGAGUUUCCAAGAGGACGAGGCUCCGUUCGUGGUGAAGAACCGUCUGGGUCUGACUGUGUCAGUGAUGUACAGUGAGCUGUUCUGCCCCCUGGGCCGCGAGGCCGUGGAGCACCGGGUAGAGCUGCAGAACGGAGAGAGCCUCAACAUGGACUACCGUCGCACCACCUCCCACUCAGACCAGUUCUCUGCCAUGACCUCGCUGGUCGCCAAGGACUACUACAUACAGCCCAGUAAGCAACACAGUUGCACCAGUGCAGACCAGCACCCAUAUUCAGAGUAUGACUGCUGAUCUAGGAUCAGUCUUGCUUUUUAUAACAUAAUGAAUACGAUUAUACAGACACAAAUGGACCUGAUCCUAGAUCAGCACUCCUACUCUGAGAUGCUUUAUGAAUACGGUCCCUGAUAUUCAAACGUGUUAGCGUUCUGACCUAAUGCUCGGGCAUUAGUUUGCGGAGCGAACAUGAUUUGUUCGCUGGGUCUAGGGUCAAUUUAGUCAUUGAUCUCACGGUUUUUUAUGUUCUUGUACUCAGCUCCGGCAGGCCACACUUCAGCCAGCGUGAUUCCGUUGAUCAAAGUGGGGCGUGGCAUGUACAGUGUCCUGCACAAAGACUCUGGGGUCACCCGCUUCCUGGUCUGUCAGAUCUACUCUGUGCAGGGAAGCAAGCACAUCAAGAUCCGCUCUCCCUUCCAGGCAAGUUACAGUCACCGGGGGGGGGGGUGUUCUUCUCCAACUCACAUCCAAGGAGCCUCACUGUUCUCAAAACCACUCGUGCAGAUAUCACCCAAAUACUAAUUUACUCUCAUUAUUCAUCUCCAUAUACACUGGUUGCUUCCCUACCUCUCCUCCUUCUCUCUCCACUGUACUUAACUUGACCCCAGAAUGUACUAAACUUGACCCCAGAGAAUGUAAUUUCAAUCUGAACAACGUGUCUCUUUCUCGUGUCUCCCCUACAGAUCAUAAACCACUUUUCCAUCCCGUUCAGAGUGAUGGAGGGCUCCAUGUGUCUGGGGAUCUCACUGCCUACAGAGGAGUUCUGCGUUCCUCUGGACUCCUACAGGUGACACACAUACACACACACACACCCACACACACACACACAUACACACAUUUACAUACUUUAUUUGAAUCCACCAAUCAAAUUUACAGUAAAAAAGUAUCAAAACAUUUCAAAGAUCCCUGUAUGCAUGGCACUCAAGGGUACAGACAGCACCUCCUUCUCCAAACAGUUAGGCUGCCCACGACAGCUGAAACAGAGCAGUAUCCAGCCAACUGCUUUGCCCUAGUUUUUGUCAGUCCCGCAAUCUGGAGACCACGCACUGCAAGCCUGUGUACGUGGCCGAGACCGCCAAAUAUCAGCGCCACCCGUUGCACCUACACCCGAGGCUGUCCAAGCUUGCCACGAGGGGCUGGUAUUUAAGCAGCUUGUCGGCAAAGGCCUGCUCUAUGUAGCCGUUAAAUGAGCAGCCCACUUCCAAAAUGAGCAUCUCCCCCCACAACAACAACAACAACAACAACAUCUGGCGUAUUUGGCACACAGGAAAACACAUCAUCAUUAAGAUCAAACCAGCUUCCUGGAUGUGUGCUGUUGGUGAGACUACCUGUCUCAACUCGCUGGCUAUCAGGUCGACAAGGCGGUCAUGACUAGCAAUGUACAAAUCCUUGUAAAUAAGCAUUUCACUGUAAGGUCUACACCUGUUGUAUUUGGCGCAUGUGACCAUUUUUAUUUUAUUUGACCAGACUCCAAAGCCUGCAGCACGAGUGUCCAAUUUUCCAUUGGCCUUGCUCCUGAAGCCCAGGAAGUUGUCCUCAACACACACGCACACACACACACACACACACACACACACACACACACACUGAUUGCUGUGUGCCCCCCCCAGGUCAAAGUUGAGCCUGCAGCCGGUAACCGAGGGAGACAAUCAUUACGACUGUUCAGAGGGUUUCAGCUACGAGUCAGUGAGCCAGCAGCCUGGCACACGUGUACAGCAGACCUGUCAUCGACAUGGCAACAGCGCCAGCGUGCUCAUGGUCAACAUCGUCCCUCUGAAAGACACAGUGACAUCACAACACACAGGAGUGGCCGGGGAGCACUUUGACGAGCCCUACAUCCUGCACCUGUGGCCCUCCGUACUGCUCCGGAACCUUCUGCCUUACCCCAUCACCUAUCGCCUACAGGUACACACACACACUUGUUUUACUAUCCUUGAGGGGACCAAACAAUUGAAUCUUAUUUUUCAUAUCCCCUUAACCUAACCUUAACCCUAAACCUAACCCUAACUCCUAAAUCUAACCCCUUAGCCUAAAAUAGCCUUUUUCCUUGUGGGGACCGGCGAAAUCUCCCCACGAAUGUUACUUGUUUCACUAUCCUUGUGAGGACUGGUAGUAAAACCAAAAGAAACCACACACCCUCACACCCACAGAGAUCAGUGGCUACUACCCACAUUACUCCUGAGUCCCUACCCACCAGCAGAGAAAUGGACCUACAGUAUGUUACGCCUGCUCCCCUAUCACCUUCACACUGCACAUAGAUAUACAGUGGGGAGAACAAGUAUUUGAUACACUGCCGAUUUUGCAGGUUUUCCUACUUACAAAGCAUGUAGAGGUCUGUAAUUUUUAUCAUAGGUACACUUCAACUGUGAGAGACGGAAUCUAAAACAAAAAUCCAGAAAAUCACAUUGUAUGAUUUUUAAGUAAUUAAUUUGCUUUUUAUUGCAUGACAUAAGAAUUUGAUCACCUACCAACCAGUAAGAAUUCCGGCUCUCACAGACCUGUUAGUUUUUCUUUAAGACGCCCUCCUGUUCUCCACUCAUUACCUUUAUUAACUGCACCUGUUUGAACUCGUUACCUGUAUAAAAGACACCUGUCCACACACUCAAUCAAACAGACUCCAACCUCUCCACAAUGGCCAAGACCAGAGCGCUGCGUAAGGACAUCAGGGUUAAAAUUGUAGACCUGCACAAGGCUGGGAUGGGCUACAGGAAAAUAGGCAAGCAGCUUGGUGAGAAGGCAACAACUAUUGGCGCAAUUAUUAGAAAAUUGAAGAAGUUCAAGAUGACGGUCAAUCACCCUUGGUCUGGGGCUCCAUGCAAGUUCUCACCUCGUGGGGCAUCAAUGAUCAUGAGGAAGGUGAGGGAUCAGCCCAGAACUACACGGCAGGACCUGGUCAAUGACCUGAAGAGAGCUGGGACCACAAUCUCAAAGAAAACCAUUAGUAACACACUACGCCGUCAUGGAUUAAAAUCCUGCAGCGCACGCAAGGUCCCCCUGCUCAAGCCAGCGCUUGUCCAGGCCCGUCUGAAGUUUGCCAAUGACCAUCUGGAUGAUCCAGAGGAGGAAUGGGAGAAGGUCAUGUGGUCUGAUGAGACAAAAAUAGAGCUUUUUGGUCUAAACUCCACUCGCCGUGUUUGGAGGAAGAAGAAGGAUGAGUAGAACCCCAAGAACACCAUCCCAACCGUGAAGCAUGGAGGUGGAAAAAUCAUUCUUUGGGGAUGCUUUUCUGCAAAGGGGACAGGACGACUGCACCGUAUUGAGGGGAGGAUGGAAGGGGCCAUGUAUCGCGAGAUCUUGGCCAACAACCUCCUUCCCUCAGUAAGAGCAUUGAAGAUGGGUCAUGGCUGGGUCUUCCAGCAUGACAACGACCCGAAACACACAGCCAGGGCAACUAAGGAGUGGCUCCGUAAGAAGCAUCUCAAGGUCCUGGAGUGGCCUAGCCAGUCUCCAGACCUGAACCCAAUAGAAAAUCUUUGGAGGGAGCUGAAAGUCCGUAUUGCCCAGCGACAGCCCCGAAACCUGAAGGAUCUGGAGAAGGUCUGUGUGGAGGAGUGGGCCAAAAUCCCUGCUGCAGUGUGUGCAAACCUGGUCAAGACCUACAGGAAACGUAUGAUCUCUGUAAUUGCAAACAAAGGUUUCUGUACCAAAUAUUAAGUUCUGCUUUUCUGAUGUAUCAAAUACUUAUGUCAUGCAAUAAAAAGCAAAUUAAUUACUUAAAAAUCAUACAAUGUGAUUUUCUGGAUUUUUGUUUUAGAGUCUGUCUCUCACAGUUGAAGUGUACCUAUGAUAAAAAUUACAGACCUCUACAUGCUUUGUAAGUAGGAAAACCUGCAAAAUCGGCAGUGUAUCAAAUACUUGUUCUCCCCACUGUAUAUGUGAUAUAAAUGUAUAUCAUAUAUCCUCAGACCUUCCCCCUCACAUGACAUGACUAUUAUUGGUCACUGAUUGAUAUUGUGUCUGUUGAUUGGCUGACAGGACAGUGAAGAGCCCGCCCCCAUCACCCUGAUGGAAGGCCACUCGGCAGAGCUACACACUGCCGUCAUGGACCUGUCCAGCCUGGAACUCCGCCUCCUCGACUACCUGGGGCAGGAUUGGAAGGCCCACUAUGGUCUCCGUGGCAACCAGGACGAGAUCACCUUCAUUGUGUUCCACUCCCUGCACGGUGAAGAGGAGGAGGUUAGGUUAGGAGAGAGGAAGAGAGCAGAGCUGGACAUUGCGGUGCAUGUGAAGUACGACGCGGGCCAGACUGAGGUGGCCAUCUAUUCUCCCUACUGGAUGGUGAACAAGACGGGCCGCCUGCUGCAAUACAAGGCAGACGACAUCCACCGCAAACACGCCAUGGACUACGACAUGCCCCUGCUCUUCUCCUUCAAGCCACGCAACUUUCUGAACAACAACAAGGUAGUGGGUGGGGUUGGACUGGGCUUUUAAGUGAUAACGCCUAACCUUAAAGAUCUAACCCUUACUGCUUGUCUCGCCGACCUCUAACCUUUUUUCUCUCCCCGUGGCAGGUGCGGCUGAUGAUCUCGGACAGCGAGCUGUCUGAUGAUUUCUCCCUGGAUACCGUGGGUAGCUAUGGUGAAGUAAAGUGCAAAGGGAGGCACAAAGAUUACCUGGUGAGUGGUGGUGGAUCAACACUACUAGCAGAUGAAUUACAGUCUGAUGUUCACCCUUUCAACAACUUUCAGAUGGGUCAUGGAGUGUGAUUUGCUGAACAUUGAACAAUCAACAGAUUAAAUUAUUCAGGUUGAUUGUGGCUUUCUAUGGUUUGAUUGAAGAUCGGGGUGAAGAUCGACCCUAGCAGUUUCAGCCUGACCCGUAUUGUGAGCUUUGUGCCGUACUACCUGUUGGUGAACAGGACCAAGCAUGUGAUCAGGGUGGGAGAGGAGGGCCAGGACCACUGGACUGAGGCCAGACCACACCAGGUACUACAACUAGAGCUACUUACAACCCCAAAUGCAAUUCAAUCCAUUCAGGAAGUGCUUGUAGUAAAAAUGUGUUCAAGUCAUGGCUUGAAUAUCAGUUAAUUUCCUAAAUUGACAGAAUUUUGAAAUGGAAUAGUGGAGCCCUACUCUGCAUACAGUAAGUAGCACAUCCAUGUAGUGAAACUGACCUCUCUGUUUUUCUCUGUCUCUCUCUCACUCUUCUCUCGCUCACUUGUUUCUCUCGUUCUCUCUGUGCUGCUCAGGCAGCCAUCCCAUUCUGGCCCGAGAGGGACUCCAAGAAGCUCAAAGUCAAAGUGGAAGGCUGUCAGUCAACCCCUCAAACCAUGGACUUCACCAAACCAGAAAACUGCCUGUUGCUGCACCUGGACAACACUGUGAGUAACGCCUGAGAUUGCACUACACACGCACACACACACAAACUUAAGGAUGGUACUGGAGUGUUUGUGGGUAACUACUGUAUAAGCUGAUGCUGAGGCUUUGUAGUGAUAAAUACAUUUUCCAAGUUGGGUUCUUUAAAGUACUAGUACUACUACUUUUAAUUUGGCCUUCCUCCUGUAUUUUCCAGCUGGGUGGGGUCAUUGUGGACGUGAACCUAUCAGACCACUCAAUCAUUAUCCGUUUCUCGGACUACCACGACGGAGCCGCCCCCUUCCUCAUUAUCAACCACACCAAGGAGCAGACGCUGGUGUUCUACCAGAGGUAAAGGAGAGACUGGAGGGAGGGGGAUUGAUGGGGGGUGGAAGGGAAGGAGGAAGGUAGGUAACAGGGCAAUAAGCAGAAAUGUUUUAUUAUAUGGGUGGCAUUUUACUCUUCUUAAAACAGGCGCAAUGCCCUGAAACAAAACCUAUAUAAAUCUUACAGUUUAUCUUGAAGUGGGAUGUCUCAACUUUCCUUUUAGCAAUGUCCAUGAGAUGGUAGCGUUUAUUUAUGGGGACAUAAGUAAACGGUACAAAAUAAGUGUUAAAGCUCUACUAUUCCUCAUUGGUUUCUGAAUGAAACCUGCAUGUUUACAGCCUCCGGUUCAGCAAACUUCCCAGGCUGUGCUGCGUGCAGGAUCCACCAGUAUCUCUUGUUGUCCCUUGGUUUUGUUUGUUGUUUGCACUUACUUUGUAUUUGUUUUAAUACAGGGUUUUCGUUUUAUUUGAUGUUGUGUUGUUUUGUCUGUAUUUGCCCUGUUUGCAUGGAUGAAGUUCCUUUGGUUUGUGAUUUGUUGUGAUUUACACUUAUUUUGCUUUCAGUCAGAAUUGUUUGCUAGUACCACGUUUUUUGUCUGAAAUGUGAACCUGGGCUUUUUCUUGUUGACAGAGUUUGUGUGUGUUUAUGAAUUUGUUUGGUUUUUGUUUGUUUGCUUUGUUUUGGUGCUGUUGUCGGAUCUGCUCCUUACAUGCCACUCCACAAGAAAAUAGAUUAUGUGCAUUAUAUAAAUGAUACAAAAUAUUGCAUUACAUAUUAAUAUCGCUAUAUGGUUCAACAACCACGAGUCAUCUGAUUGAUAGUGACCAAACUACAGAGCGUGGAGUGAUCAAGGAGAAGCUCCGGCUUCACAGUGUCAUGACCGUUUGCCCUAUGACCUCUCCCCCCCCCCCCCCCCCCAUGUUCUAGGUUAAUUUGCUUCAUAGUGGGACUCUGGCAACGGGAUCUGACCUCUGCUUCCUAGCGCCUUCCAUUUUCCCCAGCCACCAAUUUCCAUCACCCCCGUUUUUUUCUGACUGUCAGCUAUCUUCAUCUUGGUGGGUUUUGCGUGGUCUCGUGUGUGUGCUUUCUAACUCGUUGCGUGUGUGUGUGUGUGUGUGUGUGUGUGUGUGUGUGUGUGUGUGUGUGUGUGUGUGUGUGCGCGAGUAGCAGUCAGAAGGAGAAGGACAAGCUGAGCCCGGGGAAGGCGGUGUACUAUACCUGGGCUGAGCCCACCGGGUCACGCUCCCUGGUCUGGCAGUGUGGCAGCUACAGUGGCGAGCUGAAGAGCGAAGAGGUACUGUACCACGGCUUUCUAUUCACUCCUACUAGGGUUGGGUGAUAUUACCAUAGUAUCAUCUAUCGGGGAUGAUUGACAGCCAUCGUCAAUGGUGAUGACAUCGUGAUGUGACAGAGGAUGGGCAACUGGCAGCCACUUUUGAAGGCCCUCGGAUCAACUUACUGUUGUAAGUUAGAAUAGUAGAAUACAAAUUUGGUUGUGCAUCAGCAGAUUUUCUCUUAAGUCAAUCAUUGAUGGUCACUCGAAUUACCGUCUGGGGAGCCCCGAUUGAUUUUGGUAGUCAGUCUCACUCAGAUAUCAUAUUCUAUUCUCAAAUCAGUUUUAUUUUGAAUGACAAAUAUUUUCGCCCACAAUAAGUGAAAUUGAGCAAACAAUACCAAGAUGGAAACGAAUGAGAAGUCAAAAGAAAACUUAGAGCUGAGCAAAAAUAAAAUAAAUGAUGGUUGGCCUAGGCCUAUUUCCAUAUUAUUCUAGCAAUGUGCAACCUACCUACAACGCAUAGUAGCUUAGGUCUAACGCCUCGAUCAGACCGAUUAGUAAUACUCCAAUCAAGUUGUAGAAACAUCAAGGAUGAUCAAUGGAAACAGGAUGCACCUGAGCUCAAUUUCGAGUCUGAUAGCAAAGGGUCUGAAGACUUAUGUAAAUCGGGUAUUUUCUGAGCUCCAGAGUUGCUCUGUGGAGAUGGGAGAACCUUGCAGAAGGACAACCAUCUCUGCAGCACUCAACCAAUCAGGCCUUAAUGGUAGAGUGGCCAGACGGAAGACACUCCUCAGUAAAAGGCACAUGACAGCCCACUUGGAGUUUGCCAAAAGGCACCUAAAGACUCUCAGACCAUGAGAAUCAACUCUUUGGCCUGAAUCUCAAGCAUCGCGUCUGGAGGAAACCUGGUACCAUCCCUAUGGUGAAGCGUGGUGGUGGCAGCAUCUGGGACUGGGAGUCUAGUCAGGAUCGAGGGAAAGAUGAACGGAGCAAAGUACAGAGAUCCUUGAUGAAAACCUGCUCCAGAGCGCUCAGGACCUCAGACUGAGGUGAAGGUUCACCUUCCAAUAGGACAACGACCCUAAGCACACAGCCAAGACAACGCAGGAGAGGCUUCAGGACAAUGUCUUGAGUGGCCCAGCCAGAGCCCGGACUUGAACCCGAUCUAACAUCUCUGGAGAGACCUGAAAUUAGCUGUGCAGCGACGCUCCCCAUCCAACAUGACAGAGCUUGAGAGUAUCUGCAGAGAAGAAUGGGAGAAACACCCCAAAUACAGGUGUGCCAAGCUUGUAGCGUCAUACCCAAGAAGACUCGAGGCUAUAAUCGCUGCCAAAGGUGCUUCAGAAAAGUACUGAGUAAAGGGUCUGAAUACUCAUGUAAAUGUGAUAUUUCAGUUUUUUAUUUUAUUUGCAAAAAUGUCUAAAAACCGUUUUUGUUUUGUCAUUAUGGGGUUUUGUGUGUAGAUUGGUGAGGGGAAAAAAAUAUAUUUAAUACAUUUUAGAAUAAGGCUGUAACGUAACAAUGUGGAAAAGGUCAAGGGAUCUGAAUACUUUCUGAAUGCACUGUAUGUAUACAUAUUACACAAAAAAUUUACUAAUAUGAAACAGACAAGGAUCUCCUGCUUAGUGUUUAACAAAGCUGCUUAAUAUGGUUUAGUCCAUCAAUAAUCACAUACAACUUUAAAAUCGUCUCAUUAUUCAGGCUCCGAUCCUCAAAAGGCUUAGUAAAGGGUUUAGCUAAGUCCACCAGAAAGUUUGAAAGUGUUACUGCAUUUUCUUCGCCCUUAUACUGGUUUGAUGACCUGAGCAGUUUUACAAGGGAAGCAACAUGUGAUGGUAACCAGUUGAAAAUUGUUUACAGCAGUAUAAGGAUAGUUUUAUAAGUUGUUGAGUCUUUCUUUGCAUCUGAUGUGCACUUGAUCCGUGUGUUUGUGUGUGUGUGUAGGACCUGCGGUUGGAUGUGAAUGAGGAGGGUAAGCUGUACCUCAUCUCGUUCUAUGAGGGCCUCCAGCGGGUGGCGCUGUUCACCGAGGACCGGCGGAUCUACAAGCUGCUGUGUGAGAGUGAGAAGGCUGAACUGGCUGAACAGGAGAUCAUCCUCUCCCUACAAGACGUGGGUGUCUCCCUGGUCAACAACAGCAGCCACCAGGAGGUGUCCUUCAUCGGCAUUACCAGGUACACACACACACACACUCACUCACUAUGGUAUGAUAGUGCUACAGUUGACUGUACUGUGAGUGGAAACGUGCAUUCCAAUUUCAGAGCAGCAGCAUAUUCAGUGUGCUUUCCCCUGUGUGUGUAGUUCAGACGUGGUGUGGGAGUUCAAGCCAAAGAAGAAGUCUCGCUGGAAACCCCUGAGUUUUAAAUAUGCAGCGCUGCUUGAGACCCAUUUCAGAGAGUACACCGAGAGUGGACAAGUGGACAACGCCAUCUUAGACCUGGAGAGCAACUUUCAGGUCAGACAGCAACUGUAUAUGCCACUAUACAGUAUCUAUUCAUCUGAUAUCAUGUAUACCAUCCACUUGAUAUCCUACCCCUUGAAAAUUAUACAAUUUGUAGAGGUAAAGGUGGUUCUCAAUUUUGCACAGCUCCAGUAUAACACAUGUGUGUGGGCUAACUCUGUGUUGUCAGGUGUCUCUGACGCCAAACAGGCAAGACAUGAGGAUGAUGAAGCCAUAUGAUGCUCCAAUCAGGAGGAACUUCCUUCCAGGGGUGAAGGUGGAGUACAGCAUAUCGGCCCGCCAGAGUACCUACCGUGUCCAGAUCAACCGCAUACAGGUGGGUUCCAGAGAGUUGGAAAGUGAGCACUCUAUCCAACUCUAUGGUGGGUCCCCACCCGACUAUCCUACCAUAGAUUUUUACAUUGACCGUUAAGUCAUUUGGCCAACUAUUCAAUUAAAUUCAAUGCCAUUCCUUUCAUUUUUAAGGCCUUUGUUUUUCCACAGAUCCAGAAUCAGCUGCCUGGAGCAAUCUUCCCCCAUGUCUUCUACCCAAUAAAACUACCCAAGUCUGUCACCAUGGACUCAGGUCAGUACCAUGCUCUGUCCAAGUCCUUCUGUGUUGUGCAGUCACACUUACAUGGGCCUAAGUGGGUGCCAAAAGGGGGCCAUUUCCGACGCAACCAUAGACAUUGUUAGACUGGAGUACUCUGGAUAAACACAUAGCUAUGGGUGUUUCUGCUCCCCACUUUCCUGUAGAGCCCAAACCUUUGACCGACAUCAGCAUUGUUACAAGGGCAGCCGGACACUCAGAUAUCUCACGCAUCAAGUGAGUCCAUCGCUAUAGUUAAUUUUCUUCCACCUAUCUUCCAUCUCUCUCUCUCUCUCUCUCUCUCUCUCUUCUGUUCUCUCUCUCUGUGUGUCUUCUCUCUGUUUCCUUACCUCUUCUCGGCCAACUUUCUCAUUGCCUGUCUGUCUUUAUAUAUAUAUAAUCUCUUCCCCCCUCGUCUUGGUCAGGUAUUUCAUGGUGCUGAUCCAGGAGAUGGACUUGAAGUUGGACCUGGGUUUCCUCUACGCCAUCUUGGAUCUGUUCACCCUGGAGAACGCCAGUGUGAUGACAUCAGAGCAGAUGGUAAGACCCUCCCCCCUCUCUUCCCCUCAAUUGUCCUCCACACGUUACCCCCACUACCUACUUCCAUUACAAUAGUGUCAGUAAUCCGUAGUGGUGCUCUAUAAGCUCUUCGCACAUGCUAGCUCAAUUAGCUUCCAGGUUCGUAAUGAACCAGGAAGCUAAUUGUUCUAGCACAGUGGUUCCCAACUCUGGUCCUCGAUUACCCCCAACAGUAAAACAAUGUAUUGUAGCCCCAGACAAGCACAACUGAUUCCACUUGUCAACUAAUCAUCAGGCCCUCAAUGAGUUAAAUCAGGUAUGUUUGUCCGAGCUACAACAAAAAUGUGUGCUGUUGGGGGUACUCGAGGACCAGAGUUGGGAACCACUGAUCUAGCAUGUGCAAAGAGCCUAUAGACCUUUUCAACUGUCAAAACAAUAACAUGUUCUACACUGAACAAAAAUAUAAACACAACAUGUAAAGUGCUGUUCCCAUGUUUCUUGAGCUGAAAUAAAAGAUCCAAAAAAAAUUCCAUACGCACAAAAAGGUUAUUUCUCUAAAAUGUUGUGCACAAAUUUGUUUACAUCCCUGUUAGUGACCAUUUCUGCUUUGCCAAGAUAAUCCAUCCACUUGACAGGUGUGGCAUAUCAAGAAGCUGAUUAAACAGCAUGAUCAUUACACAGGUGCACCUUGUGCUGGGGACAGUAGAAGGCCCCUCUAAAAUGUGCAGUUUUGUCACACAACACAAUGCCACAGAUGUCUCAAGUUUUGAGGGAGCGUGCAAUUGGCAUGCUGACUGUGGGGAUGUCCACCAGAGCUGUUGCCAGAGAACUGAAUGUUCAUUUCUCUACCAUAAGUUGCCUCCAUCGUUUUGAGAAUUUGGCUGCAUGUCCAACCGGCCUCACAACCGCAGACCAUGUGUAACCACGCCAGCCCAGGACCUCCACAUCUGGCUUCUUUACCUGCGGGAUCGUCUGAGACCAGCCACCCGGACAGCUGAUGAAACUGUGGGUUUGCACAACCGAAGAUUUUCGGCACAAACCGCCUUGGGGAAGCUCAUCUGCGUGCUUGUCAUCAUCACCAGGUUCUUGACCUGACUGCAGUUCGGCGUUGUAACUGACUUUAGUGGGCAAAUGCUCACCUUCGGUGCUCACUGGCACAGUGUGCUCUUUUUACAUUAAAAAUAAAUAAAACACAUUUUAGUCAUUUAGCAGACGCUCUUAUCCAGAGCGACUUACAGUUUUUAGUGAGUGCAUACAUUUUUCAUACUGACCCCCUGUGGGAAUUGAACCCACAACCCUGGCGUUGCAAGCCCCAUGCUCUACCAACUUGGCUACAGGAGGCCACACGGAUGAAUCCCGGUUUCAACUGUACCGGGCAGAUGGCAGAUAAGCGUGUAUGGCGGUGUGUGGGCGAGUGGUUUGCUGAUGUCAACGUUGUGAACAGAGUGCCCCACGGUGGCGGUGGGGUUAUGGUAUGGGCAGGCAUAAGCUACGGACAACAAACACAAUUGCAUUUUAUCGAUGGCAAAUUGAAUGCACAGAGACCCAUUGUCAUGCCAUUCAUCAGUCGCCAUCACCUCAUGUUUCAGCAUGAUAAUACACGGCCCUAUGUCGCAAGAAUCUGUACACAAUUCAUGGGAGCUGAAAAUGUCCCAGUUCUUCCAUGGCCUGCAUACUCACCAGACAUGUCAUCCAUUGAGCAUGUUUGGGAUGCUCUGGAUCGAUGUGUACAACAGCGUGUUCCAGUUCCUGCCAGUAUCCAGCAACUUCGCACAGCCAUUGAAGAGGAGUGUGACAAAAUUCCACAGGCCAAAAUGAACAGGCUGAUCAACUAUAUGCGAAGGAGAUGUCGUGCUGUAUAAGGCAAAUGGGGUCACCAGAUACUGACUGGUUUUCUGAUUCACGGCUCUACCGCCACGCCAUCAUGUGGUGCUGUCACCCACCCUGAGACCUAAAGUCCUGUUAUCCUAGCCCAACCAAGAUCAUGGUUUUGUUAGGAUAAUGGAUGCUGCUUUGUGGGUAUGAAGUACUGUUGUGGACAGGGGUUGCAUCCUAGGUCAGCCAUAUAGGGAUUGUUACACCCACACAAGUGAUCAUGGACAUCAGCUGCAAAUCUGUGCAAUAUCAAACAAAAUGAGAAUUAGUGACAACCAAAUAAAACAGACAAACAGGGAAUGUUCAAUGACCAAAAAAUACACUAUACUUAAAUCAAAGAAUCAACACUGUAUUUCAUAUCAUACAAAGAACACCUAUGUAAAUGGUUAGUGGGUAUAGACAUUCAUCUUACUCCAAAACAAGAGAUGAUUGAAUAGUGUCUAAUACAAAUAAUUAGCAGAAUGUCAGGGCUGGCCUUUAACAGAAACCUGCACACCCAGUACCUAGAUCUCUAGGAGCAAGAGAAACUAUAAAGUAUUCAGACCCCUUAUUCUGAAAUGGAUUAAAUUGUUUUUCCCCUCAUCAAUCUACAUACAAUGCCCCAUAAUGACAAACCAAAAACAGGUUUGAGAAGUUUUUGCAAAUUGAUAAUAAACAAAAAACGGCACUAUCACAUUUACAUGAGUAUUCAGACCCUUUACUCAGUACUUUGUUGAAGCACCUUUGGCAGCGAUUACAGCCUCGAGUCUUCUUGGGUAUGACACUACAAGCUUGGCACACCUGUAUUUGGGGAGUUUCUCCCAUUCUUCUCUGCAGAAUCUCUCAAGCUCUGUCAGGUUGGAUGGGGAGCAUCGCUGCACAGCUAUUUUCAGGUCUCUCCAGAGAUGUUCAAAUCCGGGCUCUGGCUGGGCCACUCAAGGACAUUCAGAGACUUGUCCCGACGCUUGGCAUUCAGGCCAAAAAGUUCAAUCUCGGUUUCAUCAGACCAGAGAAUCUUGUUUCUCAUGGUCUGAGAGCCCUUUAGGUGCCUUUUGGCAAACUCAAAGCGGGCUGUCAUGUGCCUUUUACUGAGGAGUGGCUUCCGUCUAGCGACCCUACCAUAAAGGCCUGAUUGGUGGAGUGCUGCAGAGAUGGUUGUCCUUCUGGAAGGUUCUCCCAUCUCCACAGAGGAACUCUGGAGCUAUGUCAGAGUGACCAUCGGGUUCUUGGUCACCUACCUGACCAAGGCCCUUCUCCCUCGAUUGCUCAGUUUGGCCGGGCGGCCAGCUCUAGGAAGAGUCUUGAUGGUUCCAAACUUCUUCCUUAUAAGAAUGAUGGAGGUCACUGUGUUCUUGGGGACCUUAAAUGCUGCAGAAAUGUUUUGCUACCCUUCCCCAGAUCUGUGCGUCGACACAAUCCUGUCUCGGAGCUCUACGGACAAUUCCUUCGAUAUUAUGGCUUGGUUUUUGCUCUGACAUGCACUGUCAACUGUGGGACCUUAUAUAGACAGUUGUGUGCCUUUCCAAAUCAUGUCCAAUCAAUUGAAUUUACCACAGGUGGACUCAAUCAAGUUUCUAACAUCUCAAAGAUGAUCAAUGGAAACAGGAUGCACCUGAGCUCAAUUUCGAGUCUCAUAGCAAAGGGUCUGAAUACUUAUGUAAAUGCAUAUUUCUGUUUUGGUUUUAUACAUUUACAAACAUUUCUAAAAACCUGUUUUCGCUAUGUCAUUAUGGGGUAUUGUAUGUAAAUUGAUGAAUAUUUGUAUUUAUUUAAUCAAUUUUAGAAUAAGUCUAAUGUAACAAAAUGUGGAAAAAGUCAAGGGGUCUGAAUACUUUCCGAAUGCACUGUACCCUUCAGUCUCUCCAGGACUUGGGACUCUCUUUGUGACCUUCAUCCGCAGACAGGGUUUAGCAGCGUUCACAGGUCUCUGUAUCUGAGGAUAGAAAACAUUAGAAAUUAGACCAGGACUUGCUUCAUUAUUCUCAAGUGAUAUAACAUGUGAUAUUUGUUUUUUUGUAUAAUUUGUCAUAGUUCUCUCUUUGGGACUGAACAUCUGUUCAUUACCAGGGACCUAAUUAUUUUCUUCAACCAAACCUCAGUCAAUCGCUCUGCGGUGUGGGAAAGGGUAUAUGAGUCAGGCAGAGGCAAACCUGUUGCGAACACACUAGUAGCCAGGUUGUUCAGAGACUAGCUGCGAAUCAACCAAGAAUUGUCUUUUGACAUUGUCAUUGUGCUGGGAGACUCCCAGCACCAAACGUCAAGACAAUUCUUGGUUGAAUUGCAACUAUUCAGAGACAUGAGCUUUCAAUAGAUACAUUUGAAACUAGCUAACUUAGUAUUAGAGGUGAGGGAUUUGUUUUGAUACUGCAGUUGGCUGGCUGCCAGCUAGCUACAAGUCAGUAGGUACAGUAUGGUGUCUCACCAUGUGGAAAGUUUUCAUUACUACACUGACACAGUCUGCGACAGGUGAGAAGUUGUAAAUGCAUGGGUAGGUUCUGAUUAGGGACAUUUUCAACUCAACAUUUUUCAUAAAUCAACCCAUUCCUCCUAGUUACCUAGUACAAUGGUGCAUCAAUACACUCUCAUGUUGCUGCAAUACCAAAAAUAUCCAGACAAUUAGUUUGCUUGUGCAUAAUCCUUUAUUCAUUCCAAUGUCAGGCCAGUUGAACAGUAAUGUAAGCCUAUUUCAUGUUCACUAUAAAACUUCCAAAAUAAUCAAAAUGUGAAUAAAAUAACCUUCAAACAUAACUUCUAUAGUAUCUUUAAAUUCCACCUUUUCACUCCUUAUAUAGAAAGCAAUCAAAAGUCUGCAAAUCUCUAGCUUCACACAAAAUAUAUUUGCAACACUGAAUUGUACCCAGGGGGUAAAGUGCCAAUGUUUCGAAUUAGACCAAAAACUGGUUCUGCAGAGCAAGACGGGGAAAGGACAAAAAACUGCCUGUGGUAGAAGGGGGAAAAUGAACACAGCAAAGACAAGAAACUGCAUAUGCAUGGUCUAAUAAAUCAAACAAGGUCUACAGUGCAUUUCUCAGCCACCAACACACAAUGGGUUUUCAAGCCUUUCUUUAAUACAAACUACACUGUAUUCCUUGCAUUUCCUCCAGACCGGUAUGAUAAUCAGACUCCUGCAUAGAGGUUCUGCUAUGUUCAGGCCAUCUCAGAGUGAAGCUCAAAUAUAACAUACAACUUUCAGUGGAAGAGUUCUUGUUAGUUUAGUAUAAAAAUAAAGUUGCACACCAAUUAUGCUCCCAAACAUUUUAAUAGGUAGAGCAGCCAAUGUUUCGGCAAUGCUGAAACGUUGGUUACUAUACCCAUUAAAAUGUUUGGGAACAUAGUGUUGUCUUUAUUUUUAUAGUUUAACCAGUCUGCACCUCUAAAAAUGUUUUAGGGGUGCGUCAGCUUCUGCCUUUUACCAGUUAGUUAAGUAGAAAUUAGUUUGAUGACCAAAUUCAGGGCUGACAGUGUUUGGACUCGGGAUUGAAAAUCUGUGAAGGGUUCAUUGGGUGUAACGUACCUACAGCUGUCUGACUGCUACCCCAAAUAUAAAAUGCACCCCUUAAACCUAUUCCAUUCUAAAUCAACCCUAAGUAGAUCCUACUAUGGUAAACUGAUCAGUCUAACCCCAAAGUAUGUGUCUAUGACAAAAUCUUAGCGCGCCCGCAUUAUUGUAGAAUGCAUAAUAAACCAAUUGCAUGGUGUUCCAGUGAAGAAAUAGUGAGUGGGACUGUGGUGGAGGCGUUACUUAAUUUGGCUACAUACUAAACACUUUAGCUAGCUAGGUAGCUAAGGUUGUUUGUAGCAGAUCAAGCUAACGUUGGUGUCAUUAAAAAAUAUAUAUUGGAUGGCUGUCUAUCCUAUUUGUAUGUAGCUAACUGACGUUACCUAGAAUAUUUGGUUAACUUGAUAAACAAUUUACCAGUGUGCUACAUAUCAUCCUGGCACCGCCACCUCCUGCUGCUAAUGUUACUAUCCAUGCAGGCAAUGCAGCCAGCUGCGAUUUUUCUUUGGGAAAUCUAUCAACUUUAAUUUUCUAAAAUAGAUUUGUCCCCAGACGUAAUGACCAUCCCACCCGCGAUUACUAUGAAAACAACUAAACUAAGUUAGCUAGCUGUUGACAGCCGCGACAGAACCGCUGGUUGUUUACAAACGCACUGAAAGUUCCGGGGUUCACUCUCCGCUCCUCCUGUUAAGGUUUAAGACUGAAUAUAUCUCUCUCCUCUCUCUCGGUGGUGUUCAGGUGGAGUUGUUUGAGAAGGACAUUGAGUAUCUGAAGACUGAGCUGAACCACAUCUCAGCCGCUGACACGUCCCCUAUCAGUCUCUAUGAGUACUUCCACAUCUCUCCCAUCAAGGUGAGCUUCAGUGUCGUCACAGUGCUUUUACUGUGUGUAUGCUACAUCAAUCAAUCAAUCAAUCAAUUUUAUUUUAUAUAGCCCUUCUUACAUCAGCUAAUAUCUCGAAGUGCUGUACAGAAACCCAGCCUAAAACCCCAAACAGCUAGUAAUGCAGGUGUAGAAGCACGGUGGCUAGGAAAAACUCCCUAGAAAGGCGAAAACCUAGGAAGAAACCUAGAGAGGAACCAGGCUAUGAGGGGUGGCCAGUCCUCUUCUGGCUGUGCCGGGUGGAGAUUAUAACAGAACCAUGCCAAGAUGUUCAAAAAUGUUCAUAAGUGACAAGCAUGGUCAAAUAAUAAUCAGGAAUAAAUCUCAGUUGGCUUUUCAUAGCCGAUCAUUAAGAGUUUGAAAACAGCAGGUCUGGGACAGGUAGGGGUUCCAUAACCGCAGGCAGAACAGUUUAAACUGGAAUAGCAGCAAGGCCAGGCGGACUGGGGACAGCAAGGAGUCACCACGGCCGGUAGUCCCGACGUAUGGUCCUAGGGCUCAGGUCUCUCAGUUGGCUUUUCAUAGCUGAUCAUUAAGAGUUGAAAACAGCAGGUCUGGGACAGGUAGGGGUUUCGUAGCCGCAGGCAGAACAGUUAGGGCCAGGAGUUUUUCUAGACAGCAUGGCCUGACCAGUAAAAACAGUAGGCCCUCUAGUCAUGAACUGUUAUUUACCAGUUAUGCACCAUAGUCAUGGGAUCAGGAAAACUCCUGGUCUAGGGAUGAUCUAUAUAUAGUAAGGUGUGUUUGUUUGGCAGCUGCACCUGAGUUUCUCUUUGAGUUCUGGAGGAGAGGAUGGUAAUAAGGAGAAGAGGGAGACUGAGGUCAUCCCUGUCCAAUCCCUCAAUCUGCUGCUGAAGAGCAUCGGAGCAACCCUCACUGACGUGCAGGACGUCGUCUUCAAGUAUGGACACAUACAAUGGCACACACACACGUAACAAACAGAAACUCUACAAAACCACUUCAUGCUAUUUAUUUGCUUUUGACAAGGCUUUAUUUGACCAUGUCCCCUUUUUGCAUACAUUUACACUAGCGUCUGACCCACAGUCAUUUUCUGUAACUUCCCUAGAUUGGCCUAUUUCGAGCUGACAUUCCAGUUUCGCACUACCCAGCAACUACAAUGGGAGGUCAUCAGACACUACUCGAAACAGGUAACAUCUCACACACACUCCACUCCAAGUGGGACCUAAUGGCCAAUUCUUAACAAGUCACCCAUUCAUUUCAAUUAAUGAUUUAUGUGAAAAUGUAGUUCUAUCCAAGUUCCUCAAGUUAGGAUCCCCCCCUCCCUGACAAGUAAUGUAGUUACUAUGAUACACAAGAGAACUGAGCCAUGUUCCCAUCCGUGUCUCAGGCGAUAAAGCAGAUGUAUGUGCUGGUGUUGGGCUUGGACGUGCUGGGAAACCCCUUUGGACUGAUCCGAGGUCUGUCUGAGGGAGUGGAGGCUUUCUUCUAUGAGCCCUAUCAGGUAAGACCACAGUGCAACCAGUAUGAACCACGCCAGCUCAAACAACGUAUGACCUAAAUCUUUUACAGUACCAGUCAAAAGAGUGGACACCUACUCAUCCAAGGGUUUUUCUUUCUACAUUGUAGAAUAAUAGUGAAGACAUCAAAACUAUGAAAUAACACACAUGGACUCAUGUAGUAACCAAACAAGUGUUAAACAAAUGAAAAUAUAUUUUAUAUUUGAGAUUCUUCAAAUAGCCACCCUUUGCCUUGAUGACAGCUUUGCACACUCUUGGCAUUCUCUCAACCAGCUUCAUGAGGUAGUCAACUGGAAUGCAUUUAAUUUAACAGGUGUGCCUUGUUAAAAGUUAAUUUGUGGAAUGUCUUUCCUUCUUAAUGCGUUUGAGCCAAUCAGUUGUGUUAUGACAAGGUAGGUGUGGUAUACAGAAGAUAGCCCUAUUUGGUAAAAGACCAAGUCCAUAUUAUGGCAAGAACAGCUCAAAUAAGCAAAGAGAAACGACAGUCCAUCAUUACUUUAAGACAUGAAGGUCAGUCAAUCCAAGGCUUUCGACUCUGUCAAUCACUGCAUUCUUAUUGGCUGACUAAAUAGCCUUGGUUUCUCAAAUGACUGCCUCGCCUGGUUCACCAACUACUUCUCAGAUAGAGUUCAAUGUGUCAAAUCGGAGGACCUGUUGUCUGGACCUUUAGCAGUCUCUAUGGGGGUGCCACAGGGUUCAAUUCUCAGGCCGACUCUAUUCUCUGUGUAUAUCAAUGAUGUUGCUCUUGCUGCUGGUGACUCUCAGAUCCACCUCUACGCAGACGACACCAUUUUGUAUACAUCUGGCCCUUCAUUGGACACUGUGUUAACAAACCUCCAAACGAGCUUCAAUGCCAUACAACACUCCUUCCGUAGCCUCCAACUGCUCUUAAACGUUAGUACAACUAAAUGCAUGCUCUUCAAUCGAACGCAGCUUGCACCCGCCCGCCCGACUAGAAUCACUACUCUCAGCGGGUCUGACUUAGAAUAUGUGGACUACAAAUACCUAGGUGUCUGGUUAGACUGUAAACUCUCCUUCCAGACUCACAUUAAGCAUCUCCAAUCCAAAGUUAAAUCUAGAAUCGGCUUCCUAUUUCGCAACAAAGGCUCCUUCACUCAUGCUGCCAAACAUGCCCUCGUAAAACGGACUAUCCUACCGAUCCUUGACUUCGAUGAUGUGAUUUACAAAAUUGCCUCCAACACUCUACUCAGCAAACUGGAUGUAGUCUAUCACAGUGCCAUUCGUUUUGUCACCAAAGCCCCAUAUACUACCCACCAUUGUGACCUGUACGCUCUCGUUGGCUGGCCCUCACUACAUAUUCGUCGCCAAACCCACUGGCUCCAGGUAAUCUAUAAAUCACUGCUAGGCAAAUCCCCGCCUUAUCUUAGCUCAUUGGUCACCAUAGCAACACCCACCUGUAGUAUGCGCUCCAGCAGGUAUAUCUCACUGGUCAUCCCCAAAGCCAACACCUCCUUUGGCCGCCAUUCCUUCCAGUUCUCUGCUGCCAAUGACUGGAACUAAAUAAUUAUUUUGCACUAUGGCCUAUUUAUUGCCUUACCUCCAUAACUUACUACAUUUGCACACACUGUAUAUACAUUUUCUAUUGUGUUAUUGACUGUACGUUUUGUUUAUCCCAUGUGUAACUCUGUGUUGUUGUUUUUUAUCACACUGCUUUGCUUUAUCUUGGCCAGGUAGCAGUUGUAAAUGAGAACUUGUUCUCAACUGGCUUACCUGGUUAAAUAAAGGUUAAAUACAAAAUAGAAAAAUAUUUUUAAAAAUCUGGAGAAUUUCAAGAACUUUAAAAGUUUCUUGAAGUGCAGUCGCAAAAACCAUCAAGCACUAUGAUGAAACUGGCUCUCAUGAGGACCGCCACAGGAAUGGAAGACCCAGAGUUACCUCUGCUGCAGAGGAUAAGUUCAUUAGCGUUAACUGCACCUCAGAUUGCAGCCCAAAUAAAUGCUUCACAGAGUUCAAGUAACAGCCACAUCUCAACUGUUCAGAGGAGACUGUGUGAAUCAGGCCUUCAUGGUCGAAUUGCUGCAAAGAAACCACUACUAAAGGACACCAAUAAGAAGAAGAUACUUGCUUGGGCCAAGAAACACGAGCAAUGGACAUUAGACCGGUGGAAAUCUGUCCAAAUUUGAGAUUUUUGGUUCCAACCGCCGUGUCUUUGUGAGACGCAGAGUAGGUGAACGGAUGAUCUCCGCAUAUAUGGUUCCCACCGUGAAGCAUGAAGAAGGAGGUGUGAUGGUGUGGGGGUGCUUUGCUUGUGACACUGUCUGUGAUUUAUUUAGAAUUCAAGGCGCACUUAACCAGCAUGGCUACCACAGCAUUCUGCAGCGAUACGCCAUUACAUUUACAUUUUAGUCAUUUAGCAGACGCUCUUAUCCAGGUUAAGUGCCUUGCUCAAGGGCACAUCGACUGAUUUUUCACCUAGUCGGCUCGGGGAUUAGAACCAGCGACCUUUCGGUUACUGGCACAACGCUCUUAACCACUAAGCUACCUGCCGCCAUCCCAUCUGGUUUGCGCUUAGUGGGACUAUCAUUUGUUUUUCAACAGGACAAUGACCCAAAACACACCUCCAGGCUGUGUAAGGGCUAUUUGAAGCUAUUUGACCAAGAAGGAGAGUGAUGGAGUGCUGCAUCAGAUGACCUGGCCUCCACAAUCACCCAACCUCAACCCAAUUGAGAUGGUUUGGGAUGAGUUGGACCGCAGAGUGAAGGAAAAGCAGCCAACAAGUGCUCAGCAUAUGUGGGAACUCCUUCAAAACUGUUGGAAAAGCAUUGCUCAUGAAGCUGGUUGAGAGAAUGCCAGGAGUGUGCAAAGCUGUCAUUAAGGCAAAGGGUGGCUACUUUGAAGAAUAUAAAAUAUAAAAAGUAGUAACCACUUUUUUGGUUACUACAUGAUUCCAUAUGUGUUAUUUCAUAGUUUUGAUGUCUUCACUAUUAUUCUACAAUGUAGAAAAUAGUAAAAAUAAAGAAAAACCCUUUAAUGAGUAGGUGUGUCCAAACUUUUGACUGGUACUGUGUAGCGUCAAACACUGCCAGUAUGAAUGUGUAAUACUUGACACUGUGCAGUAGUUAUCCGUAUAGAUGGUAUGCAUCUGAGUAACUCUGUUUUGGGGGUUCUCCAGGGAGCUAUCCAGGGGCCAGAGGAGUUUGUGGAGGGUAUGGCACUGGGGGUGAAGGCGCUGGUUGGAGGAGCAGUGGGUAAGUGUCAUUCUCGUUCAUCUCUUUUCUGCUCACCUUGAUUCUGCUUAGUUCCCUCAUUGCCUUCCCUCCACUUCUGACUUACUUAACUAUAUUUACACCCUGACAUUUCUCUCGCCCUCUCUCUUCUCUCUCCCCCCUCUCUUCUUUCUCCUCUCUCCUCUUCGCGACUGUGUGUUCACUCUGUCUCCUCUCCCAGGGGGCAUUGCGGGCGCUGCCUCCAGGAUAACAGGCGCCAUGGCGAAGGGUGUGGCUGCCAUGACGAUGGAUGAGGAGUACCAGCAGAAGAGACGAGAGACUAUGAACAAGCAGCCCAGCGGCCUGAGAGAGGGCCUGACCCGUGGAGGCAAAGGACUGGUGUCUGUGAGUCUGACCCACUAUAGAACACAAACACCAGUACAACCUAACUGGUGUCCGAGAAUCGAACCCAGCAAUAUCAGCACAACAGAACCGGGAUGUGUGUAGUAGAACAACGUAACCUACUACGUUGCAGGGGAAAUUGAAGAUAUGGUUGUGUUUACACAGGCAGCCUAAUUCUGAUAUUUUUCCACUAAUUGGUCUUUUGACCAAUCAGAACAGCUAUUUUGCCAAUAAUUGGGCAAAAGAUCAGAAUUGUGCUGCCUUUGUAAACACAGCCUAAGAGACGUAUUAUUAUAUAAAUAUUAUUACUAAAGAAGCUUUAUGAAUAGCAAUAGGUGUUCCUAAUGGUCAAGUUCAGAUAGUCUUCUCCCGUCGGGUGCCUACUGAACACAAUCCAGCUGUCUGUGAGUCUUACCAGCAUAGCUGGGCAGUAGAAACGGUCUGUUCUCUCUGUCUGUAACACUCCCGUUCUCCAUCUUAGGGCUUCGUCAGUGGGAUCACAGGGAUCGUCACCAAGCCCAUUAGAGGUGCUCAGAAGGAGGGUAUGGCAGGCUUCUUUAAGGGUGUUGGGAAGGGGCUGGUGGGGGCUGUGGCCAGACCCACAGGAGGCGUCAUCGACAUGGCCAGCAGCACCUUCCAGGGCAUCAAGAGGGCGGCUGAGACGUCUCAGGACGUGGAGAGUCUGCGUCCGCCUCGCUUCAUCCACGAGGACGGGGUCAUCCGACCAUAUAAGGAGAGAGAAGGCGUCGGCAGCCAGAUAUUACAGGUAACAGGAAUGAUCUUUAAAACAUAAACUAACCCUUAUGUCCUCCGUAAACAGAGGACUCCUCUGACUUCAAUUGGGAGGGAUUAUGUGAACUCCAAUAAGAAACUCUAAUCUUCUAAACUGUUUUUCAAUUCGUAUCCUAACGAACACGACCCCAUAAGGUCAGGUGUCAGGGUUCAUGUUAAUGUGUGGCCUCACAUAAACAUCCACUUUCCCUCCCUCUCUCACUCUCAGCCACUUAUUGCAUCUCAGAGUCCAGAUAGAUUUUCAUCUUCAUUGUUUCUUUCAUCCUCAUCUCUGAUUAUCUAUACUAUCUAUUGCAUCUUAGUCUAUGCCGCUCUGACAAUGACAUUGCUCAUCCAUAUAUUUAUAUAUUCUUAUUCCAUUCCUUUACUUAGAUUUGUGUGUAUUAGAUAUUUGUCGUGGAACUGUUAGAUAUUACUUGCUAGAUAUUACUGCACUGUCGGAACUAGAAGCACAAGCAUUUCGCUACACUUGCAAUAACAUUUGCUAACCAUGUGUAUGUGACCAAUACAUUUCAUUUGAUUAGAUUUGACUCGGCUGCUCUAUAGUUCUCCUAUAGAGCAUGGAUGUUGUAGCGCUCUGUGUGUGGAAUCCGACAUAGGCUUUGUUUACACAGCCACCCGAAUAACCCAAUUCAGACAGUCCACACUCAGUUUUACAUUUACGUCAUUUAGCAGAUGCUCUUAUCCAGAGCGACUUACAGAUUGGUGCAUUCACCUUAGUGUGGGAUAACCACUUUUUUUGGGGGGGGGUAGAAGGAUUACUUAUCCUAUCCCAGGUGUUCCUUAAAGAGGUGGGGUUUCAAAUGUCUCCGGAAGGUGGUGAGUGACUCCGCUGUCCUGGCGUCGUGAGGGAGCUUGUUCCACCAUUGGGGUGCCAGAGCAGCGAACAGUUUUGACUGGGCUGAGCGGGAACUGUGCUUCAGCAGAGGUAGGGGAGCCAGCAGGCCAGAGGUGGAUGAACGCAAUGCCCUCGUUUGGGUGUAGGGACUGAUCAGAGCCUGAAGGUACGGAGGUGCCGUUCCCCUCACAGCUCCGUAGGCAAGCACCAUGGUCUUGUAGCAGAUGCGAGCUUCAACUGGAAGCCAGUGUAGUGUGCGGAGGAGCGGGGUGACGUGAGAGAACUUGGGAAGGUUGAACACCAGACGGGCUGCGGCAUUCUGGAUGAGUUGUAGGGGUUUAAUGGCACAGGCAGGGAGCCCAGCCAACAGCGAGUUGCAGUAAUCCAGACGGGAGAUGACAAGUGCCUGGAUUAGGACCUGUGCCGCUUCCUGUGUAAGGCAGGGUCGUACUCUCGGAAUGUUGUAGAGCAUGAACCUACAGGAUCGGGUCACCGCCUUGAUGUUAGCGGAGAACGACAGGGUGUUGUCCAGGGUCACGCCAAGGCUCUUCGCACUCUGGGAGGAGGACACAACGGAGUUGUCAACCGUGAUGGCGAGAUCAUGGAACGGGCAGUCCUUCCCCGGGAGGAAGAGCAGCUCCGUCUUGCCAAGGUUCAGCUUGAUGUGGUGAUCCGUCAUCCAUACUGAUAUGUCUGCCAGACAUGCAGAGAUGCGAUUCGCCACCUGGUUAUCAGAAGGGGGAAAGGAGAAGAUUAGUUGUGUGUCGUCUGCGUAGCAAUGAUAGGAGAGGCCAUGUGAGGAUAUGACAGAGCCAAGUGACUUGGUGUAUAGCGAGAAUAGGAGAGGGCCUAGAACUGAGCCCUGGGGGACACCAGUGGUGAGAGCAGCUUCUCGCCACGCCACUUGGUAGGAGCGACCGGUCCGGUAGGACGCAAUCCAAGAGUGAGCCGCGCCGGAGAUGCCCAGCUCGGAGAGGGUGGAGAGGAGGAUCUGAUGGUUCACAGUAUCAAAGGCAGCAGACAGGUCUAGAAGGACAAGAGCAGAGGAGAGAGAGUUAGCUUUAGCAGUGCGGAGAGCCUCCGUGACACAGAGAAGAGCAGUCUCAGUUGAAUGACCAGUCUUGAAACCUGACUGGUUUGGAUGAUGAAGGUCAUUCUGAGAGAGAUAGCAAGAGAGUUGGCUAAAGACGGCACGCUCAAUAGUUUUGGAGAGAAAAGAAAGAAGGGAUACUGGUCUGUAGUUGUUGACAUCAGAGGGAUUGAGUGUUGGUUUUUUGAGAAGGGGUGCAACUCUCGCUCUCUUGAAGACGGAAGGGACAUAGCCAGCGGUCAAGGAUGAGUUGAUGAGCGAGGUGAGGUAAGGGAGAAGGUCACCGGAGAUGGUCUGGAGAAGAGAGGAGGGGAUAGGGUCAAGUGGGCAGGUUGUUGGGCGGCCGGCCGUCACAAGUCGCAAGAUUUUAUCUGGAGAGAGAGGGGAGAAAGAAGUCAAAGCAUAAGGUAGGGCAGUGUGAGCAGGACCAGCAGUGUCAUUUGACUUAACAAACGAGGAUCGGAUGUCGUCAACCUUCUUUUCAAAAUGGUUGACAAAGUCAUCCACAGAGAGGGGGGGGGGGGGGGGGGGGGGAUUCAGCAGGGAGGAGAAGGUGGCAAAGAGCUUCCUAGGGUUAGAGGCAGAUGCUUGGAAUUUAGAGUGGUAGAACGUGGCCUUAGCAGCAGAAACAGAUGAAGAAAAUGUAGAGAGGAGGGGGUGAAAAGAUGCCAGGUCCGCAGGGAGUCUAGUUUUCCUCCAUUUCCGCUCGGCUGCCCGGAGCCCUGUUCUGUGAGCUCGCAAUGAGUCAUCAAGCCACGGAGCUGGAGGGGAGGACCGAGCCGGCCGGGAGGAUAGGGGACAUAGAGAGUCAAAGGAUGCAGAAAGGGAGGAGAGGAGGGUUGAGGAGGCAGAAUCAGGAGAUUGGAGGGGGGGGGAUUCAGCAGGGAGGAGAAGGUGGCAAAGAGCUUCCUAGGGUUAGAGGCAGAUGCUUGGAAUUUAGAGUGGUAGAAAGUGGCCUUAGCAGCAGAAACAGAUGAAGAAAAUGUAGAGAGGAGGGAGUGAAAAGAUGCCAGGUCCGCAGGGAGUCUAGUUUUCCUCCAUUUCCGCUCGGCUGCCCGGAGCCCUGUUCUACACAACUUGUGUGAGUGAGAGGAAGCACAAGCACCACCACCAGUGAACUUACACCACUGCCACCAGUCAGCCUACACCACUGUUGUUACUAUGACAACUAGCGUAGCCAUGUCAGCAAAUGACUACUGUCACGAAUCUGAUUUGGUCGCUUGUAACUUGCUGUUUGGACAGUCAGUAUUCCAAAACGGAUUUGAAAAACAAAACUGAUUUGAACAUUAAGGCCUGCAGUGUGAACAAACCGUGGCAGAGGUCGAGUUCCUCCUGCCUGACUAGAUGUGCAGGUGUUGCAUUGCAUCAACCAAUUGUUCCAUGCCACAUCAACUGUGCAGUCAGGCAUCAGAUUGGUAUAACGUAUAAUUUUGGUUACCUGAUAUGUUAAAUACAUAUCCAGGUUUUGAAAGAUCUGGCAUGCGUCAGCAAUGUAGUUGGGCAGGAACUUGAGUUGCUUGAGUACCAACAGUUUAUCUUGAAGCUGCAAUGUACUUCUGUAUUGAUGUUUCACAGGGGAAGUGAUGGAUAAUAUUAUUUUCAAUGCAAACAAGAUUUUUGUAGAGCUGGAGAUGAAUCGUAGUGUCAGACAUGGUACCAUCUGUCUCUCUGUAUGUGUUUCUGUCUGUCUUUGUCUUGAAAUUGGCUUUGUCUUCUCUCUUGUAAUGUCCACAGAAAAUGGUGGUCUACACUGAUUGGAGUAGAACUGGCAGUGGUGGUGGUGAUGAUGAUGAUGAAAAGGUGCUAUAGAAAUGAAAUGUAUUAUUGAUGUGGAUGAUGACAACUAGAAUGGAAUUGAUAAACACUAGGUAAUGCUUUGGUCUUUCAUAGUUUGUCUUGAAGCUGCACUGUACUGCUGUACUGAUGUUUUAAGUGGUGAAAUUAUGUGAUAAUUUGCUUAAAUGGAAACAAUGUGUUUUUGUAGAGCCAGAUAUUAUUAGAGACGGGCUUGUCUGUCUGCCCUGACAUUGGCUUUGUCUUCUCUCUUGUCAUGUCCACAGAAAAGGGUGGCUUUCACUGAUUGGAGUAGGACUGGCAGUGAUGGUGAUGAUGACUGCUACAGUCGAACUGCUAAGUCCUAGUUAAUUCUUUGGUCUUCCAUAGCUUUUAAUGUGUACUGUAUGUUUGUGUCGGUCAUUGUGGAGUAGCCUGCUCCAGCAGGACAUGUUAUCACUCUAGGCCUCCUGAAUAACCAGCUGCCAGGCAAUGUUUGUCAUUCUCGGCUAUUCUUUAUUUUUUGGUAACUGGAGAUGUGCCCAGCAUUUUUUAUAAAACACCCAUGUAUUCUCAGGAUUCUGCUGCAGGAUCCCCUUGCAUUUUGUCAUGUAAAACCAUCAUUCUAUUUAUUUUACCCUUCAUCUGUCAUUCAACCAUCUGCGCUUUCAUGUAAGGGGGCGGAGUCAGAAAACCAAGAGAUCGAUAAUCAUAAUAAUAUAAUUGAUUAAAUAAUACUUAAUGGUAUGCUAUCAGAGAGCCAUGAAAAAUUAUGUGAAAAGUUGAUAUUAUUCAUAUGAAGUUAAUAUGAAAUAUAUUGUAUUGGUCUGGAGUGACGUAAUGGUCAGUCAGCAGUCCUCCCUCAUGGCAUUUUGGCCCCUCCCUCUUUCAGAAGCGUCGUUGCUAUGCGCUCAGUCGUUCACUCAUCCAACACCACUGCUCUUCCUACUGUAUAAAGUGCAUUUUGAAACAUCUAUUUCAUCGUUUUCUCAUCCAUACCUUUUCCUAUCACUUUAUCAACAUUCAUUACCAUGCCAUUAUGAACCGUUUAAACGGUUUAUAACAGGUAUGUGUUAGACUCAAUAAGUAAGUAUCAGUGUACCACAGGGGAAUAUUUAGAUGUCGUUUGACAUCUCUGGUCACAUGACAGAUGGUCCACAAGUCAAGUGGAAAGAUGAUGGCCCUGUUUGAAUACUUUAAAAACACACCCUUCCUUCCUUCCUUCCUUCCUUCUUCCCUUGAAGUUAUCACUGAUCUAACACAAAUUGAUGUGUGUAAGCAACUGUUGUAGCACAGCUUUCUCCAAUCCAACCAUGUCAGAUCAGGGAUUUCUUCAAGGAAUGGAGAAAGGAAGGAGGAAUUCAUCAAGUAUUCAAACAGAGCCUAGGAUGUGUCCUGCAUGCAAGCCUUUGUCAGAUCAGUAGGGGAAGUCAAUGUAGAUCAGUAACAGUACUCAUCAGAUCUUCUGCCAGAGCCAGUGUGAAUUGUGAACAUCCCAAAGCCAUUUUAAUCGAAGUGUGAAAAAGGUACCCAAUGACUCUUUACGUAUCUUAUCAGCAGUAGACUUAACAUUUAGUGUAGCAUAGCGUGUGUGUUUAAAUGUUCAAUUUGAUAAAGACGUGUGUCUAUUUUCUGGAAUUGUGUUUGAAGAAAUCUGAUAAGCUAAUUUUUCUCUUUUAGAAAAUUGAGAAUGGACAGUUCGCCAAGUACAGAUACUUUGCUCACGCCAAAGUAAACGAGUCUGAUUUCUUGAUGAUCACCAAAAGGUAAGAGGCUGGCUGGGGUUUGUAGUAUUAAAAAUAGACUGUAGUGGCCGACAGAAUACUGUUGUUUCAGUAAUGGCUUCCUGUGUGACUGUUGUCUGUCAGUGAAUGUUCUGAGGCUCUGUCUCUCUCGUCUCACCAGUGGAGUCUUUUUCGUGACCAAAGGCACAUUUGGGCAGCUGACCUGUGAGUGGCAGUAUCUGUUUGACGAGUUCACCAAGAAGCCCAUGAUCGUGGAGGGGAGGAGGCUUCGGAUUGAGGCAAAGGUAUCCUCAUCUGCCCAUUAUAGUGAUCCAUACACACACAAGUAUUAACUGAUACAACGUGAAUGAAACUCAUCUUAACCAAGCUGCUUAUCAUAACUAUCUGAAUAAACCGCUCCCCGUUUUCAAAGCAGUAUCUCCCGCUAGCUGGAAACCCCUGCGUAGGGAAUACCCCUUCACUCAUUUGCAUCCAAACAGUUUAUUCCUCUACAUUAUAUCAUAGUACGGCCCCCUAUUUCUCAGAACUCAUGUGCUAUCUAAAAAAUAUAAAAAAUACCAACCUUUUCCUGUAUGUGUUUCAGGAGAGAGUAAAGUCUGUGUUUCAUGCCAAAGAGUUUGGGAAGAUUCUAAACUUCAGAAGUCCAGAAAUAGCCGAG